AUGAGCGAGUCAGUGAUGACAAGUGGCCUCUUUCCCAUGUCCUUUCCCGUGUCCUCUGCACUGAUGCGGUCCGCGGAGGCUGCCCAGGAGCCAUGCCUUACCACAGACCAGGCCCCCAUCCACAGGGGCGAGAAGGUGAAAGAGAAGAAGAAAGAGGGGGAGAGUGUUGUGUGUAAGAGCCAGCAGCAGGCCUCCCUAUCCUGCCUGGUGGAAGAGUUCUUCUGCAUUGGCAGCAGAAAUGUGUCCUUCUCCAAGUGGAGGCUGGGAGACAUGGGUAAGGAUGGAUGGAUGGAUGGCAUUUGGACUAGAUUAAAGAUUGACCACUACAAUAACUAGUGUUCUGGAGUACAUUUGUUGUUGAAACGGAAUGGGAACUUGGUCAUGCAUGUCUGUAUUUAUGUGCGUGCGUGUGUGUGUCUAGAUUGUGGAUGUGUUGUGGGAACAUUACAUUUGUUAUGGAGCUCUGGUGAGACAUGGUACUAGGUACUGUUCUACCAGACGACUGGAGUGGGUCAGUGGGACUGUGAUGGAACGACUUGUCCUAUGACCUCAUUAUUGGUCUGCUGCUUUUUACAUCAGUGACACAGACACAUGCACCACAGAAACACCUGUGUAUAGGUGUGUAUGUGUGUUUGUUGUAUGUGUGUGCACGCUUGUGUGGGUGUGUGACAUAUGGACUCCAGACAAUCCCCUAAAGCUUAGCCUAGUGCUCUGACCGAGUGAGCGAAGGACAACGUGACUCCGCCCUUUUCGGCUCUCCUGGCCCACUUCUUCCACCCAGACUGCACUGGGGCGCCGGAUGACCAGGUCACGCCAUCACUGUGGUUACACCCGGCACUGCCGCCGCUUCUUUAACAGCAUUAAGGUUGACACCAACUUACCUCUGCCUCAUCCUCAGCUGCCUCCUGGCAGAAAAUGUGUCCAUCACCUGUCGUCUGGCUUCUAUUUUAACCAUGUAAAUAGCCGUAAAGCCCUCACACGAUGGGUAGAAGUCUGACGAGUGUAGUUACGAAUCAAGGUCAUGGGGUAAUGUGUUUUACUAUAAUCAUGUUGAGAGUCAUCACAAACAAUUAGGAGAUGGACUGAGUUGGGAAUUUUGUCUGGGUAAUUGUUGACGGUCAAUGUAAUUACUUUGAUUUGUUUUCAAGCGAGCAUUUUUUUUGGUCUGAUCCUUAUCAUUCAUUACGUUUGUUGAAUUCCAGUAGCUUGUACUCAAACAAACAAGCAAACCACUUUAGUGUGUUUCAAUCAGACCUUUUUGGCCCAAAGUGAUUUCUCCCUCUCAGAGAUUUGAUUGUUUUCCUUAUUAGCUGACACCUUGUUACACACAAGUGAUUCUGAUGUUCUCUCGUAAUUGCAAUCAGUUACAGGAAAAGUAACAUAAGUGUGAAUUUAGGGUGACAUUGUUGACAUGCCCAGGGUAAUACCAUGAUAAUUUCUGUAUUUAUUUUCAGUAGCUCCCAAAUGUAAUUUUGUUGUUGGUCAUAUCUCCCAUGACUGGCAUCCGUAUACAGUAGGCUAAUCAAGCACAGUAAUGACAUACAAGACUGCAUUUCUAUUACUAUUUUAUCCUGCUGGACUGUCCUUCUUUUUUAUUUACAUCUCCCCAUACUGUAAAACCCUGAGCAUGUUUCCGUGGCAACGGCUCUGGACCCAAUAGUAAAGAGUUAGUUUGAAGUGGCCAGUCUCUGGGCAGACAUUGAGAUUUCCCUCCGGCUGUUAGAAGAAGUCUUUGCUACAGUACUACUGCAGUAUUUCUCUGCCAUGCUGUGUCUGCCAGUUAUCACUAAGAAGGAGUGUCUCACGCCAUGCCCAACCUUUGUUCAUUACACCAUUCUCAGUCCUUUCCUGAGGGACAAUUUUCUUAAGGGGUGCACAUUUUUGUUCUACCAACCUGAAUCAUUGAGCCCUUGAUCAGUGGAAUCAGGUGUGUUGGUGCUGCGGGGCUAAAACAAAAACGUAGACCUACCUGUGUGAUCCCAAGGGGAAUUGAUGGAGAAACAUUAUGGAGAAAGCAUGGAGAAAGCAUUACACACACACAGCUGAAACACUUUUUAUUUUCCUUCUCUACUUUCUUCUUAGGACACAUACCAGUUAUCCUGUGCAGUGUAGUUAUAUUGUGAAGAGUUUCCUACAGAUUACUUGAAGUUGGGUCUUCUUUACAAUGAGUUUCUACCCCAGUUUGACGAGUUGGUCCCUAAUUGCUCCAUUAGCAGCAAUUCAAACAGCUGCAACUUCCGAGAGAGGGCAAAGGUGAGAGAAGUCCCAAAUGCACUAGACUGGUGCCUAAUUGAUUGUCCUUUGAUUGGUCGGGCUUCAUGGGCUGUGAGUAGCCUUGCAGUAUUUAUUUUUCCAUUGCAGAAUAUCAGGGUUGGGGUCAUCUAAAUUCCAGUCAAAUGUAUUGAAUACAAUCGAAUUGCAUUCCUAUGGAGAAAUGUCAUGUCCAAGUUAAUGAACAGGAAUUGAACUGAAGUGAUCCCAACCCUGUAGAAUGAUGUGGUGUUCUGUACACUUUACAGUAGACUGUAGAUGACCCAACAACCCAUUAGUUCACACAUUCCAUCUCCCCCAGUUUAGACCGCAGAUAUCCAUCAUUUCAUAUCAUUACUCUUUGAAGGCAUCAUCUCUCCCAUUUACCUCCUUUUGUCUCCCCUUUCUUUCCCCUCCUUUUCCCCUCUUCUCUUUUUGUCUGCUGUUCCGCACAGUGCAAUCAGCACGUGGCCCACUUUAAACAGAAUUUCGUUAGACUAGAUUAGAUUAGAUUUUGUCUCUUGUCAUUGUGGUGAAAUCAUUUAGUCCCUCUGUAGGGGCCUGUCAACUUAUAACCCCUCCCACACACACACACACACUGUCGAGUAGAUUCCUGGAGUAGCUGUCUGUCCGUGUCAUGGAAUAUGAAGAGCUAAGAUGAAGGUAUAAGGGAUAGAUGCAGUCAGUGAUGCAGUGUUGCGCUUCUAGGGGGCUGUGAUGGUCCUGUAGCAGAUGUUGGUCUUCACCGGAGCUGAAGAGGCAGGUGGACAGUUUAGUUGUUGGCACUGUUUAGGGACGGGGGGAAUACAAAAUAAAUCAUACAAAUACUGAGCUACAUUGUAUGCCAAAAUAUACAUAUAUUAUUAUAUACUAAUACAAUUGCUCAUAGAAAUCGAUUUUGUUUAACAAGUAAUUCAAAAAGAUAAAGGGUCAAAAUUAUUGGAUCCCUUGUUUUCAAUACUCCAGCACCCUCCCCUUGCGAGGAUAAGGACACUCUUCAAUUCAAACCAAAGGUUUUCAAUGGGGUUCAAGUCCAGAUGUUGAUUUUGUGGUCAAUUAACCAUUUCUUUGUGGACUUUGAUGUGUGUUUUCUUAGAAAAAAGGGUUCCAAAAUGGUUAUUCGGCUGUCCCCAUAGGAGGACCCUUUUUGGUUCCAGGGAGAACCCUUUUUGGUUCCACGUAAAAUUAUUUUGGGUUCCAUGUAGAACCCUCUGUGGAAAGGGUCCUACAUGGAACCCAAAAGGGAUCUACCUGGAACCAAAAAUGGUUCUUCAAAGGGUUCUCCUAUGGGGACAGCCGAAGAACGCUUUUAGAUUCUAGAUUCCACAAUUCUUUCUAAGAGUGUACCUUUUUUGAGGAAAAAAAGUAUUCAUUGUUAAACAAAAUUAAUUUCUCUGAGCAAUUGUAUAAGAUAAUAUAAUUUCCCUUUUUCCUUUGCAUACAAUAUAGCUCAGUAUUUGAAUUAUUUAUUUGAUACAGUCAUUUUUGCUCAUCUUUAUAAAGGGUGUCAAUAUUUUCGGACCCCACUGUAAAUACAUAAAUAAAGUACUGUGUCUCUAUGCCACAAUAAAUCUAUGCCCAAGCCAUAGAAAUAUAAUUUCUUGAAUAGGCAUUCCAAUUCAAGUCAAUGGGUGGGUGAUGGGUGGUCUAUUUAAAUCGCUUAAACAGCUUGAGAAUAAUAUGAACACAAAUGAGAUGGACUGUUUGCAUAGCCCAGCGUGUUUUACUGAUCUUGUUGUUGUUGGGCUGAGCAUUGCUACAGUAUGUCCAGGCCUAUUUGGAACGAGCUAGAUUACAGUUACAGUAUGCAUCAGCUCUAUUUUCUCUGGUGGACAAUAUUUACAAUGUAUUAUCCAUGUACAGCGACUCCCUCAACACGUCUUUUCAAGGGAAUGCAAUGAAUAAACAUUAGAGACUGGGUUUUUCACUGGCAGCAGACAGACUGGGACAAUACAGACACACAAGCAUUCGUCAGAACACCUAGGGAGAUUCUCAUUUGGGCAAAAGACCGUCCUCUGUCCUCUCUCUGUCCUCCUUCUUGACCCGGAAACCGAUAAGUGGUAGAGGGAUCGAGGAAAGUGUCAAGUCGUUAGUAGGCGAACGGAAGGGUGUCCAUCCCUCCUCAAUUGCCACCUUUCAUCGAGGAUAGUCAUGUGUAUCCUACCAGAGUCCUUCACGGAAGAGUUUUGAUAUCUGUCAAACCCCCUGUUGUUUUGUCAGAGGGGAAAAGCAUGCACAUAUUUAAAAACAAUAUGCUACUUAUCCUUUCAUCUAUAAAAUGUAUUGCACAACUAGUUAAAUACGUUUAAAAAAAUUGAUAUAACAUUUUAUACAUUUAUUUUGGGAUUCCACCCCUGUAAACAUCAUUUCCUGAUGACGCGCGAGUGGAGAAGGAGUCUAUUUUAACAAUGAAUAGGCUUUGUCUCAAUUAAAUAAAAUUAUCUAUGUGACAUUGCUACACAGAAUGAUAUACCAUGACAUUUGGCAUUCUUACUGAAAUAAAACAACAAACUUUUGAAUGUAGUUUUUAUGACAUGCGCCCCAUAAAAAUACAUACCGUAUUGCCUAGACAAGUUUCACGCGUGUAGCUUGUUGUUGUUGGCACUACAGUCAGAGGCUCCAUGUGUAGCCAGUUACACUGUACACAUUCAAGGCUCUAAUAAAAAAUCUAACUGAAAGUAAAAUGAACUUCCACAAUUUAUUUAAAUACGUAGCCAUAUCAUCUUCACAUCAUUGAAAUCCCACUGAUUCAAGCUAUCUAACAGUAUAAAACAUCCCUGUUAUCACAUACACAUGCCGUCUUGAAUAUCAAUGUUAGCUAGCUUCGCUACUAAAAAGGAAGCUAGCCAACAACACCCAGAAUUGCGAAAUGCACACUAUCCACUUAAUUGCUGUAAAAUCUGCAUUAUUCAUCCAAUCAUGAAAAUAUUUGGUGGUGUUAUGCCUGACACUUUAUUGAUCUAGUGGCUAAAGAGAAAGAAUAGCAGAGUUUAAAAUUAGUUUGGUUGUCUUUGGAGGAAACAUUCAUUUUUAUAUUUCCGUUAUUUUUCUAAGUUUAAGUUAUACAUUAUUUUGUGUGUAGGAUGGACCUAGGAAAGUUGUGAAGGCUUACAUUUAAUAUUACAUUUAUGCUCUUUCAAAUGAUAUACAGUGGGGGAAAAAAGUAUUUAGUCAGCCACCAAUUGUGCAAGUUCUCCCACUUAGAAAGAUGAGAGAGGCCUGUAAUUUUCAUCAUAGGUACACGUCAACUAUGACAGACAAAAUGAGGAAAAAAACAAAAUCCAGGAUUUUUAAUGAUUAAUUUGCAAAUUAUGGUGGAAAAUAAGUAUUUGGUCAAUAACAAAAGUUUCUCAAUACUUUGUUAUAUACCCUUUGUUGGCAAUGACACAGGUCAAACGUUUUCUGUAAGUCUUCACAAGGUUUUCACACACUGUUGCUGGUAUUUUGGCCCAUUCCUCCAUGCAGAUCACUUGUGGAGCAGUGAUGUUUUGGGGCUGUCGCUGGGCAACACGGACUUUCAACUCCCUCCAAAGAUUUUCUAUGGGGUUGAGAUCUGGAGAAUGGCUAGGCCACUCCAGGACCUUUAAAUGCUUCUUACGAAGCCACUCCUUCGUUGCCCGGGCGGUGUGUUUGGGAUCAUUGUCAUGCUGAAAGACCCAGCCACGUUUCAUCUUCAAUGCCCUUGCUGAUGGAAGGAGGUUUUCACUCAAAAUCUCACGAUACAUGGCCCCAUUCAUUCUUUCCUUUACACGGAUCAGUCGUCCUGGUCCCUUUGCAGAAAAACAGCCCCAAAGCAUGAUGUUUCCACCCCCAAGCUUCACAGUAGGUAUGGUGUUCUUUGGAUGCAACUCAGCAUUCUUUGUCCUCCAAACACGACGAGUUGAGUUUUUACCAAAAAGUUAUAUUUUGGUUUCAUCUGACCAUAUGACAUUCUCCCAAUCCUCUUCUGGAUCAUCCAAAUGCACUCUAGCAAACUUCAGACGGGCCUGGACAUGUACUGGCUUAAGCAGGGGGACACGUCUGGCACUGCAGGAUUUGAGUCCCUGGCGGCGUAGUGUGUUACUGAUGGUAGGCUUUGUUACUUUGGUCCCAGCUCUCUGCAGGUCAUUCACUAGGUCCCCCCGUGUGGUUCUGGGAUUUUUGCUCACCGUUCUUGUGAUCAUUUUGACCCCACGGGGUGAGAUCUUGCGUGGAGCCCCAGAUCGAGGGAGAUUAUCAGUGGUCUUGUAUGUCUUCCAUUUCCUAAUAAUUGCUCCCACAGUUUAUUUAUUCAAACCAAGCUGCUUACCUAUUGCAGAUUCAGUCUUCCCAGCCUGGUGCAGGUCUACAAUUUUGUUUCUGGUGUCCUUUGACAGCUCUUUGGUCUUGGCCAUAGUGGAGUUUGGAGUGUGACUGUUUGAGGUUGUGGACAGGUGUCUUUUAUACUGAUAACAAGUUCAAACAGGUGCCAUUAAUACAGUUAAUGAGUGGAGGACAGAGGAGCCUCUUAAAGAAGAAGUUACAGGUCUGUGAGAGCCAGAAAUAUUGCUUGUUUGUAGGUGACCAAAUACUUAUUUUCCACCAUAAUUAAAAUGCAAAUCAAUUUAUAGCAUUUUUGACAUGCGUUUUUCUGGAUUUUUUUGUUGUUAUUCUGUCUCUCACUGUUCAAAUAAACCUACCAUUAAAAGUAUAGACUGAUCAUGUCUUUGUCAGUGGGCAAACGUACAAAAUCAGCAGGGGAUCAAAUACUUUUUUCCCUCACUAUAUAUAUAUAUAUAUGUUUUAAACAGUAUUGAAAAUCAUACCGUCGGUAUUUCGAAAUACCCCGGUAUACAGUAUAAACGGUAUAUCGCCCAAGCCUACUUUACAGUCCAAUCUAUUGAUCCCAAUUGCCCCCGCCUACAGCAGUAGAGAAAUAAUUGGGCAUAUGACUAGUAGUCGUCAGAAUAGUAGUCUAGUCUCUCGUUCAGCCUAUUGUUGGCACAUGAGGCUAAGAUUAUAGUGCCACAUUCUGUAGCCUAAAUUAUUAGCAUCGUCGUAGCAGUAGCUGGUAGUAUUGCACUUUAAGUAAGUAGCGGUCCGAGUUGGUCUCUGACAUUCUGCAUUAUCCCUUGGUGGAAAUUGACACAGGCAGUUUGGUGCUCGGGACUGCACUGAAUUAACCAGGGCCUCGGAGCCCAUUCUCACUAUUGAUCAAUGAGAGCCCAGGGAAGCCAAAUCAAUGACAAAUUAGAACAAUCCCAUCACUGGGAUGUCUGUAAUUCUUUAGCCUAACAAAGCAGGCGUAAAAGAAACACCUGAGCGGAGUUCCCACAUCCGGUUUUCAGCGGAAAAGGAAGCUACAGUGAGGGAAAAAGUAUUUGAUCCCCUGCUGAUUUUGUACGUUUGCCCACUGACAAAGACAUGAUCAGUCUAUAAUUUUAAUGGUAGGUUUAUUUGAACAGUGAGAGACAGAAUAACAACAAAAAAAUCCAGAAAAACGCAUGUCAAAAAUGUUAUAAAUUGAUUUGCAUUUUAAUGAGGGAAAUAAGUAUUUGACCCCUCUAUAAAACAUGACAGUACUUAGUGGCAAAACCCUUGUUGGCAAUCACAGAGGUCAGACGUUUCUUGUAGUUGGCCACCAGGUUUGCACACAUCUCAGGAGGGAUUUUGUCCCACUCCUCUUUGCAGAUCUUCUCCAAGUCAUUAAGGUUUCAAGGCUGACGUUUGGCAACUCGAACCUUCAGCUCCCACCACAGAUUUUCUAUGGGAUUAAGGUCUGGAGACUGGCUAGGCCACUCCAGGACCUUAAUGUGCUUCUUCUUGAGCCACUCCUUUGUUGCUUUGGCCGUGUGUUUUGGGUCAUUGUCAUGCUGGAAUACCCAUCCACGACCCAUUUUCAGUGCCCUUGCUGAGGGAAGGAGGUUCUCACCCAAGAUUUGACGGUACAUGGCCCCGUCCAUCGUCCCUUUGAUGCGGUGAAGUUGUCCUGUCCCCUUAGCAGAAAAACACCCCCAAAGCAUAAUGUUUCCACCUCCAUGUUUGACGGUGGGGAUGGUGUUCUUGGGGUCAUAGGCAGCAUUCCCCCUCCUCCAAACACGGCGAGUUGAGUUGAUGCCAAAGAGCUUCAUUUUGGUCUCAUCUGAACACAACACUUUCACCCAGUUCUCCUCUGAAUCAUUCAGAUGUUCAUUGGCAAACUUCAGACGGGCCUGUAUAUGUGCUUUCUUGAUCAGGGGGACCUUGUGGGCGCUGCAGGAUUUCAGUCCUUCACGGCGUAGUGUGUUACCAAUUGUUUUCUUGGUGACUAUGGUCCCAGCUGCCUUGAGAUCAUUGACAAGAUCCUCCCGUGUAGUUCUGGGCUGAUUCCUCACCGUUCUCAUGAUCAUUGCAACUCCACGAGGUGAGAUCUUGCAUGGAGCCCCAGGCCGAGGGAGAUUGACAGUUAUUUUGUGUUUCUUUCAUUUGCGAAUAAUCGCACCAGCUGUUGUCACCUUCUCACCAAGCUGCUUGGCGAUGGUCUUGUAGCCCAUUUCAGCCUUGUGUAGGUCUACAAUCUUGUCCCUGACAUCCUUGGAGAGCUAUUUGGUCUUGGCCAGGGUGGAGAGUUUGGAAUCUGAUUGAUUGCUUCUGUGGACAGGUGUCUUUUAUACAGGUAACAAGCUGAGAUUAGGAGCACUCCCUUUAAGAGUGUGCUCCUAAUCUCAGCUCGUUACCUGUAUAAAAGACACCUGGGAGCCAGAAAUCUUUCUGAUUGAGAGGGGGUCAAAUACUUAUUUCCCUCAUUAAAAUGCAAAUCAAUUUAUAACAUUUUUGACAUCCGUUUUUCUAGAUUGUUUUGUUGUUAUUCUGUCUCUCACUGUUCAAAUAAACCUACCAUUAAACUUAUAGACUGAUCAUUUGUUUGUCAGUGGGCAAACGUACAAAAUCAGCAGGGGAUCAAAUACUUUUUUCCCUCACUGUAGGUUAAAGAUGGCUGUAUCCCUGAAAACCAGAUGCAUCCGGUUGUUGGCACCACACAUAAUGUUUAUGGAGAUGUUUAUGAUAAUAUCCAUAAUGGUAUUAUAUUAUAUUAUAUUAGUCAAAUAUGAUGUGACUAAUUCAUAGGAUGUGAUUGACACCUGACAGUUGAGAAUCUGGCAUUGGAGCCUUAGCCUAGGGCUGUGUAGGCCUACACAGUGGCACUGCACCAGCUAAAUAGGGAUGCCAUUACCUGGGCUAUCUGUGGAAGAGCUGUCAAAUUGAAACCAAAAUAAUGACCUGAAUGACCAAAAUCAUGCCCUGAAUGUGGUAGCGAUAUUUUGGUGGCACUCUCUUUACAUGGAGUGUCUGUUUUACCCAUUUUCCUCUUGAAGUAUGUUUGGUGUUGUGCGAGAAGUGGUCUCAUCUCAGCACCGGUGUUCAACACUGUCUUCUGUACAAACCAAAUGGAUUCGGGUAGCUAACAAUAGGUCCCAUAUUUGUAUUUAUUUAUUCUAUUCCACACGGUGUGAAGCAGGUGUCUGGUUAAGGGGAUUUUUGAGAAGAAAUUGCUUGGCUCUGCCCUCUCCCCCUCCAUCUCCCAUUCCCUCCCUCCCGCUGCACCCCCCCCCCCCCCCCCCCCCCUCUUUCUCUCUCUCUCUCGCCCCCUCCCUCUCUCCAUGUCCCCUUCUCUCCCUCUCCCCCCUCUCCCUCUCCCCCUCUCCCUCUCCCUCUCUCUCCUUCCCCUCUCCCUUCCCCUCUCUCCCUCUCUCCCUCUCCCCCUCCCUCUCUCCCCCCUCUUUCUUUCUCUCUCUCUCUACCCUUCUCUCUCUCCCCCCUCUCCCCUUCUCUCUCUCCCCCCUUCUCUCCCUCUCCCCCCUCUCACUCUCUCCCCCCUCACUCUCUUCCCUUCUCAUACUCUACCCUCUCUCCUCCUCUCACUCUCACCCCCCUCUCUCCCUCUCUCUCUCUUUCUCCCUCUUCCCUUCUCCUUCUCCCUCUCUCUCCCCCUCUCCCCUUCUCUCUCCCCCCCUUUCUCUCCCCCUCUUUCCUCCCUCUCCCCCUCUCUCCCUCCAAGUAAAACACAGGCGGAUGUGAAAGCCAGAUCCAAUGCAUUAUGUGUGAGCGCAACCUUGUGUGUGUGAGUAAAUGGUAAAUAAAUGUUUAUCUGCCUUGAGCUCCAGACUGGAAUGAAUGAUUUGGUGCUUGACAACAAACCUACUCUCACUCCAAUGCAAAUGCACAUAGUCUCCCUCAUUAUCCCAGACAGACUAUCACUUGAAUAGACACACUCUCUCACUCUCACACUAACUCAACUAUCUCUGUGUUUUUCUCUCCAGUGGAGAAAUGCAUGAGCUCCAUGCAGACGGGGACCCAGAUGGUGAAGCUGCGCGGCGGCUCCAAGGGACUGGUGCGCUACUUCUACCUGGACGAACACAAGUCCUGCAUCCGCUGGCGGCCUUCUCGCAAGAACGAGAAGGCCAAGAGUGAGUAGUUUGACUAUUUUACUUCAUGACUGAAUGAUUGACUGACCUGCUUAGACCUGGAAUUAACAGGAGUUAAGUCUUUGUAGCCACACGGUCUGUUUAAUAACAAAGCCAAGAGUGAGUCUCUUUUACUUUAUGACUGACUCACUGAUCCUCAUCCAGUGUCUCACGUUUUGAUUCCCUACUUCUGUAUUAACCUGGAUUUAACAGGCAUUAAGGCCUAGAUUCAAUCAGAUCAAGCGUUAACCCAGAGGUGUAACUGUGUUAGAGCUGUCAAAUUGGUGAAUGGCUGCUCGUGUGAUCAUUGUCACGAAGCCACACCCAUCCCACUCGCUUUAGAAGUUCAGAAUGAGAAAGGCUAUAUACAAAUAAUGACGCUCACAUUCAAAAUCAAUAAACAAAAUAGUAAGGAUUUAUAUCAGCCUAAUAUAAGGGCGACAGGUAGCUUAGUGAGUAAGAGCGUUGUGCCAGUAACCGAAAGGUCGCUGGUUCUAAUCCCCGAGCCGACUAGGUGAAAAAUCUGUCGAUGUGCCCUUAAACAAGGCACUUAACCCUAAUUGCUCCUGUAAGUCGCUCUGGAUAAGAGUGUCUGCUAAAUGACUAAGAUGUAAAUGUAACAGGGCUGCAUGGGAUUAUUACACAUCCAAUGGAAAUGUCCGCGAUAGGUAUAACGCUGGAAGCAACUUGCUGAUUUGACAGCUCCAAUGCAGUUACACCUCUGACACACCUCCGACAUCGCCUAAAUAAAAAAGAUGAAACUGAUAUGUAGUUGUCGGUUAUCACGGGUUAAGGCAGAACUGAUUGAAUCUAGACUUAAGUAUUUAUAGCUCCACGAUUAGUUUCAUAGUACAUAUUAGUACAUACAGUGGGGAAAAAAAGUAUUUAGUCAGCCACCAAUUGUGCAAGUUCUCCCACUUAAAAAGAUGAGAGAGGCCUGUAAUUUUCAUCAUAGGUACACGUCAACUAUGACAGACAAAAUGAGAAAAAAUUUUUUCCAGAAAAUCACAUUGUAGGAUUUUUAAUGAAUUUAUUUGCAAAUUAUGGUGGAAAAUAAGUAUUUGGUCAAUAACAAAAGUUUCUCAAUAUUUUGUUAUAUACCCUUUGUUGGCAAUGACACAGGUCAAACGUUUUCUGUAAGUCUUCACAAGGUUUUCACACACUGUUGCUGGUAUUUUGGCCCAUUCCUCCAUGCAGAUCUCCUCUAGAGCAGUGAUGUUUUGGGGCUGUCGCUGGGCAACACGGACUUUCAACUCCCUCCAAAGAUUUUCUAUGGGGUUGAGAUCUGGAGACUGGCUAGGCCACUCCAGGACCUUGAAAUGCUUCUUACGAAGCCACUCCUUCGUUGCCCGGGCGGUGUGUUUGGGAUCAUUGUCAUGCUGAAAGACCCAGCCACGUUUCAUCUUCAAUGCCCUUGCUGAUGGAAGGAGGUUUUCACUAAAAAUCUCACGAUACAUGGCCCCAUUCAUUCUUUCCUUUACACGGAUCAGUCGUCCUGGUCCCUUUGCAGAAAAACAGCCCCAAAGCAUGAUGUUUCCACCCCCAUGCUUCACAGUAGGUAUGGUGUUCUUUGGAUGCAACUCAGCAUUCUUUGUCCUCCAAACACGACGAGUUGAGUUUUUACCAAAAAGUUAUAUUUUGGUUUCAUUUGACCAUAUGACAUUCUCCCAAUCCUCUUCUGGAUCAUCCAAAUGCACUCUAGCAAACUUCAGACGGGCCUGGACAUGUACUGGCUUAAGCAGGGGGACACGUCUGGUACUGCAGGAUUUGAGUCCCUAGCGGCGUAGUGUGUUACUGAUGGUAGGCUUUGUUACUUUGGUCCCAGCUCUCUGCAGGUCAUUCACUAGGUCCCCCGUGUGGUUCUGGGAUUUUUGCUCACCGUUCUUGUGAUCAUUUUGACCCCAAGGGGUGAGAUCUUGCAUGGAGCCCCAGAUCGAGGGAUAUUAUCAGUGGUCUUGUAUGUCUUCCAUUACCUAAUAAUUGCUCCCACAGUUGAUUUCUUCAAACCAAGCUGCUUACCUAUUGCAGAUUCAGUCUUCCCAGCCUGGUGCAGGUCUACAAUUUUGUUUCUGGUGUCCUUUGACAGCUCUUUGGUCUUGGCCAUAGUGGAGUUUGGAGUGUGACUGUUUGAGGUUGUGGACAGGUGUCUUUUAUACUGAUAACAAGUACAAACAGGUGCCAUUAAUACAGGUAACGAGUGGAGGACAGAGGAGCCUCUUAAAGAAGAAGUUACAGGUCUGUGAGAGCCAGAAAUCUUGCUUGUUUGUAGGUGACCAAAUACUUAUUUUCCACCAUAAUUUGCAAAUAAAUUCAUAAAAAAUCCUACAAUGUGAUUUUCUGGAUUUUUUUUCCUCAAUUUGUCUGUCAUAGUUGACGUGUACCUAUGAUGAAAAUUACAGGCCUCUCUCAUCUUUUUAAGAGGGAGAACUUGCACAAUUGGUGGCUGACUAAAUACUUUUUUCCCCCACUGUAUAACAUGUUUGCGUGAAUGUCCCUUUAGUCUGUCUUACAUUGACAAUCAGCACUUCCAUCUCUCCCACUAAGCCUAUUACCGUAGUCCCAAACAGCAGAGGAAUCAUUUAGGAUUCACCUCGAAGUUGUUUGUGUAGAAACAAAAUGGCCCCGUCUCACGGGGGGCACCAGGCUCAGUUUCCUGCCGCUCGCUUCGUAGCCUCUAGCCCAGCUCCACCACCGCCAUGGGAGUUAAUAAGCUUCUUAAGUAGCCUCAAUUAUUCAUCGGCUUUAAUCUGCCAGACCAGUGUCGCUUGAUUCAACACAUUGAGCCAGGAAAGGCGGAAUGCAGGGACCUCCAGAGAAACGAAUGGAGCAGGAAAGGAAAUUAGAAUAGGAACCCUGUAAUCUUCCAUUCUGUCACAUGGGAAUGGAUUGUGAGAUAGCCUGAGACUGUGUUCAUUAGGGCAUGCGACGAAAAACAAAAUCAGCAUUUCUUAUUGGACAAGUCUAUUAUAAUGAACACGACCCUGCCUUGCCGGGGCAGUUUUAGUGGUGGGGAGUUGAGAUGGCUGGGUGAGAAAGGUUGUUGUUGUUUUCAUGCAGCAACAACAAUCAUGUCAACACACAAAACAAAAAGACAGCAGGCCACAUUACAGCACACUUCACCUACAGCAGCAUAUAUAUUUUGGUGGGAAAACGGUUCUUGAGAGGGCCACGAUCACCCUCCCGGCCCCAGAUAACUGUACACUUCUGCAUUAUUUAUGAACAGGCCUUAUUCAGGGACCCCUUCAUGCUUUUUCCCCCUCUCCACCCGGGAGCACACAAGCACCAUGCGUUGUUGUUAUUCAGUGUGUCCGCUUCACCUUUGACAUGUAGUCUUGUGUGUGUUGACAAUCUCCAAUCAAACUGGUUUCAAGUUUCCAUUCAAUGGGAGGCUUCUGUGUGACCUGAGAUGCAUUCUGUACCUGUGUGCGUGCAUGUGUAUAGAAUUCUUCUUUAUUUUUUCGUUCAAUUUGAAAAUGUGGAGUACUGUAGGUUUUUUUGAUUGUGUAGAACACUCCUCUCUCAGUUACACUAAUCCGCUGGUGGGUGUCUUCUUAAUCCUCGGUAAUCCAGCAUAACGAUGCUCUUUGUCUAUUCUAAAAUUAACAUUUAUGUUGGUCUGAUGUGUAUGAGGAAGUGAAUCCAGGUGUAGCACUGGUAGUAUUUGUAAAAUUAUUCAUGCCAAUUGUUGACAAGCAUGCACCUGUUAGGAAAUUAACUGUGAGAACUGUUAAAGCCCUUUGGAUAGAUGAUGAAUUGAAAAAUUGUACGGUGCAAAGAAAUGAUGCAAAAGAGGUGACAAACAAGUCAGGCUAAUCAGCUGAUUGGGUGACAUACAGUGGGGGGGAAAAGUAUUUAGUCAGCCACCAAUUGUGCAAGUUCUCCCACUUAAAAAGAUGAGAGAGGCCUGUAAUUUUCAUCAUAGGUACACGUCAACUAUGACAGACAAAUUGAGGAAAAAUCCAGAAAAUCACAUUGUAGUAUUUUUAAUGAAUUUAUUUGCAAAUUAUGGUGGAAAAUAAGUAUUUGGUCAAUAACAAAAGUUUCUCAAUACUUUGUUAUAUACCCUUUGUUGGCAAUGACACAGGUCAAACGUUUUCUGUAAGUCUUCACAAGGUUUUCACACACUGUUGCUGGUAUUUUGGCCCAUUCCUCCAUGCAGAUCUCCUCUAGAGCAGUGAUGUUUUGGGGCUGUCGCUGGGCAACACAGACUUUCAACUCCCUCCAAAGAUUUUCUAUGGGGUUGAGAUCUGGAGACUGGCUAGGCCACUCCAGGACCUUGAAAUGCUUCUUACGAAGCCACUCCUUCGUUGCCCGGGCGGUGUGUUUGGGAUCAUUGUCAUGCUAAAAGACCCAGCCACGUUUCAUCUUCAAUGCCCUUGCUGAUGUAAGGAGGUUUUCACUCAAAAUCUCACGAUACAUGGCCCCAUUCAUUCUUUCCUUUACACGGAUCAGUCGUCCUGGUCCCUUUGCAGAAAAACAGCCCCAAAAGCAUGAUGUUUCCACCCCCAUGCUUCACAGUAGGUAUGGUGUUCUUUGGAUGCAACUCAGCAUUCUUUGUCCUCCAAACACGACGAGUUGAGUUUUUACCAAAAAGUUCUAUUUUGGUUUCAUCUGACCAUAUGACAUUCUCCCAAUCCUCAUCUGGAUCAUCCAAAUGCACUCUAGCAAACUUCAGACGGGCCUGGACAUGUACUGGUUUAAGCAGGGGGACACGUCUGCUCUGCAGGAUUUGAGUCCCUGGCGGCUUAGUGUGUUACUGAUGGUAGGCUUUGUUACUUUGGUCCCAGCUCUCUGCAGGUCAUUCACUAGGUCCCCCUGUGUGGUUCUGGGAUUUUUGCUCACCGUUCUUGUGAUCAUUUUGACCCCACGGAGUGAGAUCUUGCGUGGAGCCCCAGAUCGAGGGAGAUUAUCAGUGGUCUUGUAUGUCUUCCAUUUCCUAAUAAUUGCUCCCACAGUUGAUUUCUUCAAACCAAGCUGCUUACCUAUUGCAGAUUCAGUCUUCCCAGCCUGUUGCAGGUCUACAAUAUUGUUUCUGGUGUCCUUUGACAGCUCUUUGGUCAUGGCCAUAGUGGAGUUUGGAGUGUGACUGUUUGAGGUUGUGGACAGGUGUCUUUUAUACUGAUAACAAGUUCAAACAGGUGCCAUUAAUACAGGUAACGAGUGGAGGACAGAGGAGCCUCUUAAAGAAGAAGUUACAGGUCUGUGAGAGCCAGAAAUCUUGCUUGUUUGUAGGUGACCAAAUACUUAUUUUCCACCAUAAUUUGCAAAUAAAUUCAUUAAAAAUCCUACAAUGUGAUUUUCUGGAUUUCUUUUCUCAAUUUGUCUGUCAUAAAUGACGUGUACCUAUGAUGAAAAUUACAGGCCUCUCUCAUCUUUUUAAGUGGGAGAACUUGCACAAUUGGUGGCUGACUAAAUACUUUUUCUCCCCACUGUAUAUAUCUUUUUUGUAUUGUUUGUAUAUCGUUGUGUUUUAAAUUGGUGUGAUUGUCCUUGUCUGUAAUGUUUUGUGUUUUUUUGUGGACUCCAGGAAGAAUAGCUGCUGCCUCUGCAAAAGCUAAUGGGGAUCCAAAUAAACAAAUAAAUAAACCAUCAAGGCGUAUUGUCUGGACCUCCUCCAGGCAUUAAUCAAAGGCACAAAGGCUUUUGAACUAACUGUAUGGGAAUGAAUUGUUUUGCUCAGGUUGGGUGGCCUCUAGGUCAGCAAGUUAGUAUUUUCAAGGGGAUUAUGCAUGUUCAACAGCUCCACGACCCAAGGUGCUGGCAUAUAAAAUAAUGACAUGGAGAGAGCUCAACCUCAAAACCAGCCAGAAUAUAUUUUAUUAGCUACCAAAUUAGGUGAUCAUCCCAAACGGUUACAACUGAGUCUAUCUUCCCGUAAACAGGCCAACGUGAUAGCUGUACACUCCUCACCUUUACUGUCUCACAACAUUGCAUGGGCUUGAGGUAAACUCAAAAUGGCCACCACAUAGAUACCCAUAUUAAAUCAGUUUGGAAAAAAUAUGCUAAAUGUUAAUGAACAUCUCAAGGCAAUUUCUUGUAAAAUAUAAUUACCAUCCCAUAAGUGUUUCGUCUUAAUAACGUAGCUCUCCGGGCGCAGCAUGCUAAUUCGUAGCCUUUUUUAUUUUUCUGUAUCAUAUUGCCUAAGCCUCGUAAUUCAGACUUCUAAGUUAAGUUUCCAUCCUUCCCUGUGCUUCGAAACAAUUUAGCCGCCCGCUGCCAUUUCAGCCUCGUUAUACGCCAGACAGGGGGGAAAUAAUUCCAAUCCCGCCCAAUGGAAUAAACUCAAUAUAAUAUAAUAUGAAAAUGAGGGUUAUAAAUGGAUUUGCUCCAUCGAGUGACUUUUCCUGAUUCUCUAUUAAGUUUUAAUGGGCUACAUUGGAAGUGCCUCAGGUUUCCCUGGAAUAGUUCCCCUGCCCUUGCUAAACGAAAUUGGCCUGGUUACACAUUUACAAAAGGCUCUGAAAAGGACAAUGUGAAAGGGAAAUAGCUAAGCCAAAACCGUAUAGUCCGGGUUGGCAUGAUGGUGUGAAAAGGGUAAUGUAAGGCCCAAAUUCAACGUCAACAGUCAGCUUUUCAUUGUUUCACCUGACUUUUUCAGAGUGAUGGCGAACUAACCAUUAUUUCCUAUCUCCCUUUCUCUCUCUCUCCCUCCCGCCCUAACUCUAUCCAGUCUCCAUCGACUCCAUCCGAGAGGUGUGCGAGGGUAAGCAAUCCGAGAUCUUCCAGCGCUACUCUGAGGGCAGCUUCGACCCGAACUGCUGCUUCAGCCUGUAUUAUGGCGAGCGCUUGGAGUCCUUGGACCUGGUGUCCAGCACAGGCGAGGAGGCGCGCACCUGGAUCACCGGCCUCAAGUACCUGGUGGCAGGCAUCAGCGACGAGGACAGCCUGUCCAAGAGGCAGCGCACCCGCGAUCAAUAUCCUUACAUGUUAGCCUGUCUCUAGGCAAGGGUUUAGUCAUUGGACAGCCGGGACUUAUUCAUUAGUGCACACUAGCAAAACGUUUUGCAAUGGAAAAUGAGCAUUUGUAAUUGGACAGGUUUAGGGAGUCCCUCCCGGUUUCAGUCUGUUUUCUUCCGUUGCCUAAUAAAUAGGACCCACUGGUCAAUUAGAUUUCUAUUCAGUCAGUGCAGGUCAGGAGAGGAAUUGAAAUGCCAUUUUUGGUGAGGACUUUUCAAUACAUGAAUUGGUUAAGAUGAUUCUGAGUGUGGAUAAUUAAUAAUGAUGCUAGCACGCAUGCACACACACUAAAGUUCCUUCUCUCUCCCCACACGCAGACUGACACACACACACACACUCUGCCGUGCCGGCAUGACAGCGAGGCUGAUGUGCUGAUAAAAGAAGGGCAAGUGAAGGCUGCCGGAGGCACCUAUCACAUCAUGAAUCACAUUGUCUUGAUCACAGGCGCACACAGACGGUUUGCGUUAAAAUUAGACUCAGCUGUGGGGAGUGAGAGCUGUGUGAGAGAGCAAAAGGUUUUGCAUUGUUUCACAGUGGUUUGGGCUCUGAACCGCUAUUCAUCUUAGAGCUACCUUCCCUAAAUAUUGUGAACCUCCCUAGCUGUAAACUUUCUGUUGCAGACGAUACUUGAUUAAUCGAUGAAUCAAUCAAUAAAUCAAUCAAUCAAUCAAUCAAUGUGAACACCUGUGGAUAGUUCAUAGUUAAUGGAACACCAAGACUGCGUUUACACAGGCAAGUACCCGUGUCUGUGCGUGCCUGUGUUUGUGCCCGUGUCUGUGUGUGUGUCCGUGUUUGCAUGCACAUGUGUGUUAUCCAUCUUUAACACCUGGUUGAUUGGUACGUGGCUGAAGCAGACGUUUUCAGAGGCGGAUAAGAACGGCGACGGCAGCCUGAGCAUCAGCGAGGUCCUGCAGCUCCUCCAUAAGCUCAACGUCAACCUACCCCGCCAGAAAGUUAAGCAGAUGUUCAAGGUACACUACAGUCAUAUUUUAAUGUUACUAAUAAUAAUGUAGCUUUUAUAGCACUUUGAAUUACAAAGAGAAUCUCAAAGUGUGUGAGAGAGGGAGGGAGGGAGGGAGGGAGGGAGGGAGAGAGAGAGAGAGAGGGAGGGAGGGAUGGGAGGAGGGAGGGAGGGAGGGAGAGAGAGAGAGGACCGCGGGACGUACAUCCCGAGCGGACGGCGGCAGGGAUCUAGACGAGGGAGACGCUCCUCUCGUAUCUAGACUUCGAUGAGCUAGAUCCGAGAGACUAGAUAGAGCUGCGGCGAGACGGCUUGUGAGUUGAGAUCGGUUCUCGCUUGAUGGCUGGAGGGAGUUUCGGACAGCAGGGCUGUUUAGUGGCCUUUUUUACCAAUGUGUGUGUGUCUCAUUGGCUUGUUGUGGUAGGGCCACACUACUCUCUAAAUGGGGUAUAAUGAGCAGUCAAACAUUCUUACAGACAAGUCUGUCAAUGGAUUUGGUCCCAAAUGGCACCAUAUUUCCAAUAUAGUGCACGACUUUUGACCAGAGCCCUAAGCACUACAUAGGGAAUAGGGUGCCAUUCGGGACACAGGCAAUGUCAACAGAUCAAAGCAAUUGAUACUAUGUGUGUGGAUGUUUUGAACCAGUAACUACAAAACCAGAGAUGCACUUUCAUUUCUGAGAUAAUAUUUGGUGAGAAGAUGGUCCGUUUGUUUCCGUUAGUUUUUCUGAAUUGAAACUAUAAAGCCUAAGCAAACGACAAUUACCUUUGAUUACUUAGAUAUCUCGGCUCAGUUUUUGUGUGAAUGCACAUCCUAUUCUCCCUGUACUGUUUAGAAACGACGAGGCAGCUUUUUCUAAAUGAGCCAAUCAUGGUGAAUAGAAAGUGCUGUGGCUUUCACGUCUUGAUUAUUUCACAACUUUAAAUUGAGUUCAUUCAACAACUUCAGUCAAGAAUGUCGCGAAAGUACGCGUUCACACUUGACCUUUUCCAAACCCAUUUCUAAUGACUCACUCAGUGGUAAUGGGGAUGUGUCAUCAUGAUGGUUAUGACAUUUCAGAGAAAUUUGUCACAGGAAACUAUAUAACAGGAAAGGCAAUUGCGUCAUUCCAUUUGAUUUCAAUCACUUUUUACCCGCACCCCUUUUGAUUUGAUCAAAACUUACCAUACAUUGUAGAAGUGGUCAGAAAGUGACAUUUUGGACCUGAAUGCCAAAACAAAGUUGACCCAUUUUGCAUACCCCACCAUACCAUGAGACAUCCAUGCCUUCAUCACUGGAAAAUAUAAACGGUUUAGUUUGAUUAUAAUUUAAAAGCUUACAAAGAGGGUUUGUCAAACUAUUUUAUAAUUUCUUUAAACAAAAAAAGUGUAAUAAAAAAAAGAUUUUUCACCUUUAACGUCAAUUAUCUUAAAACGCGUAAACUCUGAUGUUUUACAUUUGUGCGUAUGUUGUAGCUUCGAACCUAUUCUACAUAAUCUGAGGUGUUUGUGUUGUGCCCGCCAUAGGUUGAGACACAGCAUGCCUUUGAAUACAGGGUGGGUGUCAUUUGUGCUGUCAAAAAGUCUGUAUAAUCAAUUUACAUAUACUGUACAGUGCCUUCAGAAAGUAUUCACACCCCUUGACUUUUUCCACAUGUUGUUGUGUUACUGCCUGAAUGAAACAUUUAUUAAAUUGAGAUUUUGUGUCACUGGCCUACACACAAUACUCUAUAAUGUGAAAGUGGAAUUGUGUUUGUAGAAUCUUUUACAAAUUCAUAAAAAAUGAAAAGUUGAAAUGUAUUGAGUCAAGUAUUCAACCCCUUUGUUAUGGCAAGUCUAAAUAAGUUCAAGAGUAAAUAAUAGUGUUUAACAUGAUUUUUUAUCGACUACCUCAUCUCUGUACCCCACACAUACAAUUAUCUGUAAGGUCCCCCAGUCGAGCAGUGCAUUUCAAACACAGAUUCAACUACAAAGACCAGGGAGGUUUUCCAAUGCAACGCAAAAAGGGCACCUAUUGGUAGAUGGGUGAAAAAAGCACAUUGAAUCUCCCUUUGAGCAUAGUGAAAUUAUUCAUUACACUUUGGAUGGUGUAUCAAUACACCCAGUCACUACAAAGAUACAGGCGUCAUUCCUAACUCAGUUGCCGGAGAGGAAGGAAACCGCUCAGGGAUUUCACCUUGAGGCCAAAUCUGACUUUAAAACAGUUGCAGAGUUUAAUGGCUGUGAUAGUAGAAAACUGAGGAUGGAUCAACAACAUUGUAGUUACUCCACAAUAUUAACAUAAAUGACAGAGUGAAAAGAAGGAAGCCUGUACAGAAUAUUCCAAAACUUGCAUUCUGUUUGCAAUAAGGCACUGAAGUGAAACUGCAAAAAAUUUGGCAAAGGAAUUCACAUUAUGUCCUGAAUACAAAGCAGUAUGUUUCGGGCAAAUUCAACACAACACAUCACUGAGUACCACUCUUCAUAUUUUCAAGCAUGGUGGUGGCUGCAUCAUGUUAUGGGUGUGCUUGUCAUCGGCAAGGACUAGGGAGUGUUUUAUUAUAAAAAGAAAUGGAAUAUAGGCAAAAUCCUAGUGGAAAACCUGGUUCAGUCUGCUUUCCAACAGACAAGGCCAAAUCUAUACUGGAGUUGCUUACCAAGACGACAUUGAAUGUUCCUGAGUGGCCUAGUUACAGUUUUGACUUAAAUCGGCUUGAGAAUCUAUGGCAAGACUUGAAAAUUGCCAAAAUAAUGUUAAAAUCAGGGGUUGGAACCUAAAUUAUUUUCCAAUAUUUCACUAUUUUUUCUGUUUCAUUACACUGUUCUGACCAGCAAAAUAAAGUCCUGAACCGGUUCGAACCCAAAAUAAGUACUGGUUUAUAUAGUUCCUUUCUGUUCCUUUUAUUAACCAAUGAAAUAAACAUUAUUUUUUUUUUUACAUUUAGCUAAUCAAAUUACUUCACCAAUCAGUGCGGCUAGAGCAGGGGCGUGGAUCAGCUUGGGAGCUUUAACAGUGUGCAGACUAUCUUGUUCGUUACUAGGGGCGUGGAUCAGAACACCAGUCAGUAUCUGGUGUGACCACCAUUUGCCUCAUGCAGCGUGACACAUCUCCUUCGCAUAGAGUUGAUCAGGCUGUUGAUUGUGGCCUUUGGAAAGUUGUCCCACUCAAUGGCUGUGCGAAAUUGCUGGAUAUUGGCGGGAACUGGAACACUCUGUCGUACACGUUGAUCCAGAGCAUCCCAAACAUGCUCAAUGGGUGACAUGUCUGGUGAGUAUGCAGGCCAUGGAAGAACUGGGACAUGUUCAGCUUCCAGGAAUUGUGUACAGAUCCUUGCGACAUGGGGCCUUGAAUUGUUUCUUUUUUUCUUUUUCUUUAUGUGUCUUUAGUUGUAGUUCUGUAACCAGGUUUCCAUCCUACCCUUUUAUGCGAGUGAAGUACAUGUCAGAUAAAUAAUGUAAUGACAGGCCUGAUGGAAACAUAUUUUGGUAAACUUUCCAAAUGUCGACAAAACAAAAUACGCUAGACAAGGUGGGAUCUUUUGUGUUGGUCAAAUGAAUAAUGCGAGAAAUGUCAGUGGGAACGCUUUUAUGCGCACAUUUCUAUAUAAUAACCAUUAGGCUACAGAUGAAAUAAAUUAUAAUGACUUCACAGGGUGGUGAAGGUGAUGAGCUUGAUGCUCCUUUCCAAUAAAUAUCAAGGGUGUUAUUCUGGUGACAUGUAAAUCGAUGCUUGGCUGCCGUUUGACAAAUAAAAAUUAUCUUGCUCUUUUGUCCAUAAUAAUAAUCUCAUCAUGUAGGCUAUACGUGCGCUCUAGCCAACAGCGUGCAGAUAGCGCUGUUGGUUAAAGCGCACGGGCCAAUACCAGAGUGGGCACACUCGCUAUUUAACUCAACAUUUUUUGUGUCAGAUCCCAGGAAGACUAGCUGUCUCCAUUGAUGUUGGCUAAUCAUAAAUCAUAAAAAGUGGUGGUGCGAAGAACAAGGAAAGUCAAAUGGAGAUGUAACCCUUGAUACAUGACCUUUUACUUGGGGUUAGGCUAUUAGCUACAAACUCCCAGCCAUGACAUAGCCUAGUAAAGCCAGAGGGUUCUUUGACAGCAUGGCCCUGCUAGGAUUAGCGAGUUAGCGUUGUGUUAUCGUGUUGUUAGUGUUUUAGCGCUGGUGGCCGUGGCUGAUCCUUCACCUCAGCCAAGCCUCACGUCCCACCGAGGGGUCACCCAUAUGGUGCUCAGGGACGCAGAUGGCUUCUGGUGUAAUACACAGUAACACGCAGUAAACACACCAGGGACCAAUCUGGACGUGUGUUUACGGGACAGUGGACUGGUCUGCUGACUUAACCUGUUUACUCCUGGGAGGAACCUGUGCGUGAUUUGCCCUGUUGACUUGACCUAGUAGGAGGAUAAUAACCAGCGCAAAUGCAUCUGUUGCUAUAAUCAUUAGUGAACCUCUUUCAAUAUAUAUUACAGUAUACAGAGUUCAUGGCUUGUUAGCACAUGAUUUUUGGUACAUUUGUCUAAUCACAACAUUGUGUGCAAAGUCAUAGAUGGCCAUGUCAGAUAGUCUGUGUUAAAUAUACAAACAUAUAAAUGCCGCAUUGCUGUAAUUUUCCAGUUAGCUUUUAAACUCUCAUAGACUAGCUCUCAUGUCUCAGCUACUGUUUGGGUGCAAAUCGUUACUUAUAUUGUGAGUUCAACAUCACUGGCACCGUUAAAUGGAACGUAAAAAAGAGAAAGAAAACACCAUGUUUGCAAUUUUCCAGUAAAUAUAGCACCUAUUGAUUCAGUCAAUCUGAUCGGCGCACCGGCUUAUCUUACCUCCACACUCCCCUCUAAGCCCCUUGAGCUCCACACACCGAUAGCAUCUCCUCCAUUCUGCCUCACUAUCAUCUCAUUGUCCUCAUUCAUUGGUUCCGAUUCACUGGGCCUAUGAGCAGAGGCCGCUCCGUCGCUUCCAGAACAAUCCUUAGGUUGAGUCCCAAAUGGCACCCCCAUGGGCCCUGGUCAAAAGUAGUGCACUUUAUAGAAAACAGGGUGCCAUUUGUGUCGCACAUUCAGUCUGACCCGUUUAGAAGAACAGGAGCUCUCCAGGUGGCUGGUGCACUCCCUCACCCCACCCCACUCCAUGUUAAACUCAAUGUUUAAGAAGCGAGUGUGGGUGUGUGGUCAGUUGUCUCUGCCUAGUCAUACUGAGAAAUAAGUGUCAGCUCCUCUUUUGUGCCAAAGCCCAUAUCCACUCUGUGACGUUUGUGUGUGUGUGAGAGAGACGUGUGUGUGCGUCAGUGUAGAGCAGGGAUAUGGCUGGUUGAAAGUUAUGAGAACUGGAAGUUUGUGUGUGGGUGUGUGUGUGUGCGUGCGUGCGUGCGUGCGUGUGUGCGUGCGUGCGUGCGUGUGUGCAUGCGUCAGACAAAGCAGUUCCAGAGCUGGGAGCUGGCCGGGUAUCAGAACUGUAUGUGUGUAUGUGUUGUGCAUGGAGGCCAACCUCCCACCAGCACCCACGUCAUCACUCUGCAGUCAUGUCCAUCUCUAGCAAUGCGAGACAUAUGGAGCUGGCUAUACACAAGAAAACCAUUUCAACCAUGAGUGUUGGCAGGCAUGCGGAUACCAUAACUACAAUAUGCAUGCGCAUAUUCACACUACAUCACCAAAACACAACUUGAUAUUCCAUCUGACUUGUUAUCUAACUUAGUGUUGUGGCUGUUAAUUGCUGUGCAUAUUAUUCGGGCGAACUUCUAAUAAUGUGAUCCUAUACACAACACAGUUCCAUUCACAACAACACGUCUAGGUCUAGGAUAUAUAGGCUAGCCACAUGAUGAAUGCAAUAACAAUCAUCCCUGAACUGAAUAACUACUGCGGUACACAAGUGGAUGUUAGGAUUCAACUCUUUGUGUCUAAAUGAACUGAUAUUGCAUUGUGACUUCUCUUCUCCCCAGGAGGCAGACACAGAUGACAACCAGGGCACCCUGGGCUUCGAGGAGUUCUGCUCCUUCUACAAGAUGAUGUCGACGCGCCGCGACCUCUACUUGCUCAUGCUCACCUACAGCAACCACAAGGACCACCUGGACAGCAUCGACCUGACCCGCUUCCUGGAAGUGGAGCAGAAGGUAUGCAUGAGCAGAGUUGAAGCGUAUGCAGGCAGGCUGGCAGGCAGAUGGGUACAUAGACGCACACAUGCAUGCUGGCACACACAUCCGUGCAUGGAUACACACACAGGUGCGAGCAUGCACGCACACUGGCAUAUACACACAGAGGUACACACACACACACUGCACAUCCCCAGAUAAUGAAAGGGUAUCUAUCCAUGGGGACAUGACUUGGGUUAACUUUUAUUUUGUUGGGCCCCUUUAAAGGCCAUUGCAGUCAAACCUCUGUUUUUCCAGUGUUUUGUAUCAUAUUGUACAACAGCUGAUGUAACUAACACUGUAAACGUGUGAACAUUUCCUCAUAGUUGCUGGUUGAAAAUACAAUCUACACAGGACCUUCUAAUCAGCAGGUUUGCAUGGGCUGGAGUUUCGGCUUACCAUGGUGACAUCACCAAGCGGUAAAUUGGUUAAUAGACCAAUAACAAAGAGAGUUCCAAACCUCUCUGCCAAUAACAGCUAGUUUUCAGUUUCCCCUACCCACUCAGACCACUCCCAGAGAGUCCAAACUAAAUUAGUGCUUUAGAAUUUUUUGUUGUUGCUAAAAAGCAAUAUUUGCCCAUUUUAAUGGAAAUCUAUUACAGUAAGGUGAUUCAUUGUUACCCAGAAAUUAUUUGAUAUUGAUAUAAAAACGGCUGCGUUGGGCCUUUAAGGCAUUUCUGUGACAGACAUUUUUUGUAAUGACUGAGGCAAACAUCUGAAGAUUUGAGUCUCAAUAAUGGUUAGCAACAUGUUAAUGGUUAGCAACAUGUUAAUGGUUAGCAACAUGUUAAUGGUUAGCAACAUGUUAAUGGUUAGCAACAUGUUAAUGGUUAGCAACAUGUUAAUGGUUAGCAACAUGUUAAUGGUUAGCAACAUGUUAAUGGUUAGCAACAUGUUAAUGGUUAGCAACAUGUUAAUGGUUAGCAACAUGUUAAUGGUUAGCAACAUGAUGCACUUGUCGGACAAAUGUAUAGUUUUUUCCCCUCUCCUGCCUGUUUCCAUGUGUCAAAAAUAUUCCUGUCAACAGAUUAGGGACAAAAGCACAGGAUAUUACUGUUGAAUUGCAGUGAAAAUCUCAGUUUGACAUUCUGACACUCCAAGCCUUGACAAAGACGUUUCAACCGUUAAGGGACCGAUCGAAAUUUACUGGGGGGGGGGGGAGGGGCUGGUUCAACUCAAGGUGUCAUAAAAAAGAAAUGCCACCCCCUCCCCAAUGUUACAAAUAUUUUCAGAUGACCCUCCCCUUGUACAGUAAAAUAAAUUGAAUACCCUCCCCCCUCAUAGAAUUAACUCAAAAUAAUGUCUACGACCACAAAUAACAAUAACUGUAGCGAGCCUGUGUUUAGAAAUGUGGAUAUUGACUUUGCCACUUCAGAACUAUAGGCAAGAAGGUUAGGGGUUCGCCGACCAACACAGACGAGGUCACUCUCCCUGCCUGUUUCAUUACACUACGAUCAGAGCCGGCUGCAGAUAAUGAUCAGCUAGGGUGAAAUCAGAUUUUCAACAUUUUGAUGCCAUAUUUCUAAUUAUAUAAAAUAUAAGCAAUUAAUUUUCCACCAACAGGUUUCUGUGCCAAUGCACCACACAACCAAUCUACAAAGCAUACCGACUUUGGGAAAUUCAAUAUCAUGGUUUGUGUUUUUAACACCACAAUAAAUAAACUAUGUCAAUCUUGACAAAAAUUGGCCCGCUGCACAGUUUGGAUUAAUUGAUUGAUAAAAAAAAUGUGUCAGUUAAACAAAAUACAUGUAUACACAAAGAUGUUUUAAAGUGACAGGGAUUGCACAAUAAAGUCGGGGACUUAUUUCCAUUGUGGUCACUAUUUUUUAUAUAAAUACAUCUACAAUUACAUAGAUGAGUACGAGGGGGGAGUUUAAAUUAAAUUCACACAAGCUUGUGUAGCUGGUAGCUUAUUCUUUAGAUGUUUGGGGCUGCUGGUGAACCAUGAUGUGCAGGCAUAAUCAAAGUGACACUGGACUAGCUCACUAGCUAGGUUUCCAGCCAAUUGGCAACAGAUUUUCAUGCGAAUAUUCUAAAAUCGUCAUAAAAACAAUAUGCAAUUUCAGAGUUUUCUUUCGAAAAAUCGACAACGAAGAUUUUAAUUUACCCGGACAUUUGAGAAAUUUACUGGACAUCCAUAUGCAUUCAGGUCCGACCUGGCGCAGCCAGCACCAUCAAUAAACAAGGGAUAUUGGCCAAAUGAGUCACAUUUACGUGUCCUUAAAAACAGCCUAUAACAAAUUACAAAAAUACUAUUCCUUGUGUCUCAAUGUGUAGUAUAUGCAACAUUUUAUAGCCUUUAAAAAUAGCCGUACAGAAGAAGGCUAAUUUGUUCAUUUUCAAUCAGAAUAUUUUGUAUAAAGAUAAGCAUUAUAUUGUUAGAUUAUAGGAGUAACUCUGGUAGGCCUGAAACAGUCUUCCUCAACUCAAGUUCAACUAUCGGAGUCCUUUGGAGCGCCGGAGCGCACUGCCUUCAUAUCAUAGGCCUGCAGUAGCUAAAGCUUAAUAAUAGCCACACCGUACCAAACCUUUACAAACGUUUCUAAACUUUAUUAGGGUAAUAUCAAAAGUAAGUCAAGCCAUUGUUUAUAGGGAAAAUAUGAGCAAAAGAGCGAAUGUAAACCAAGGAAAAAAGGCACUACCCUUCCCUGUGCCCAAUAAAAAACCACACUACCCUCCCAUAUAAUGGACCCACCCCUCCCCCCCAGUGAAUUUGUAUCUGUCCCUAACUGGAUAGAAUAGACAAUUGAUUGAAAAACACCACAAUCACUAUUGUAUACAUGCAUCCCAUUUGGGUGGUGUGCUUCAUGGCGAUAUUGUAACAGAGCCAAUAUAGCCUUAUCUACAGUAUAGAAUGCUCAGCUAAUCAAUGGGGAAAGCUUCAGCAAGUUAGAGAAGUUGGUGUUUUUGCUGACACCCCACUUAGCCCACUAGCUAACUAAAUGGGGAUGUAUCUUCCCCCGUGAGUCACCCCGUAGAGACCCCGCUAGGUGACAGACAGUCGUUUAAUGGAUUUGCCAUUGGGUUCUGAAGCAAAUGCUUAAUAGCAGUGCUUAAUUGCAGACACAUGCCCCUACAAGGCUAUUAGAAUUAGCAGUAUCACUUCAAAUGAACUUCUAAAGGCUUCAGGGGAUAACAUUUCAUAUGGUUCUGCUGUGAAAAAGAGACAGAAAAAAGAAAAGGAGCGGUAAUUAAUGAGUUGGCUCAAUGCGCUUUAUAACGUGUGCUUUUUCGGCUAAUGCAGUCAGCAGAACAAACCGUGGAGAAAAUGGGCUUUUGAAAAAGGACAUUGUGUCCAACGCGUCAUAUUUUUGGGGCACGGAAUUGGAUGUUCCACUACUCCCUACUUCAUCGGGGAGCAUUGAGGCGGUUUUGCGAGGUGAUUUAUUUUAAACGGAGCAAGGAUGCAGCUGGGCUGUCUCUAGCUCUUCUCUCCUCUCUGCUGGCGUCAUUAGCUACAGCCUCUCCUCAGUUUCUCAUUUUAACUGUGUUUACUAGCUCUCUCUUGCAGUGUGUGUGUGUGUGUGUGUGUGUGUGUGUGUUUCAAGUUUUGAGUCGUAUGUACUGGAUACUCAUGGUAUCAGUGGCGGUCAGAGCCGUUUAAGUUGAGGAAGGACAAUGGAUAUUGGAUGACUGGAGCAUGGAUAUUUUUAUUUCUAUUACAGCAUAUUGGAUGACUGUCAUUCAUAUUCCAUUCACCCAGUUCAAUGUAACAGCGAUAGGUUUAGGCUACUACAUGAUACUCUAAUUUUCCCUAUAACCAUCAUGAGGCUGCUACAACCGAGCCUAUGAAUGAAAGAUUACAACGUACAGUACCAGUCAAAAGUUUGGAUACACCUACUCAUUCAAGGGUUUUUCUUUAUUUUAACUAUUUUCUACAUUGUAAAAUAAUAGUGAAGACAUCAAAACUAUGAAAUAACACAUAUGGAAUCAUGUAGUAACCACAAAAGUGUUAAACAAAUCAAAAUAUAUUUUAUAUCUUCAAAUAGCCACCCUUUGCCUUGAUGACAGCUUUGCACACUCUUGGCAUUCUCUCAACCAGCUUCACCUGGAAUGCUUUUCCAACAGUCUUGAAGUAGUUCCCACAUAUGCUGAGCACUUGUUGGCUGCUUUUCCUUCACUCUGCCGUCCGACUCAUCCCAAACCAUCUCAAUUGGGUUGAGGUCGGGGGAUUGUGGAGGCCAGGUCAUCUGAUACAGCACUCCAUCACUCUCCUUCUUGGUAAAAUAGCCCUUACACAGCCUGGAGGUGUGUUGGGUCAUUGUCCUGUUAAAAAACAAACGAUAGUCCCACUAAGCCCAAACCAGAUGAGAAGGUGUAUCGCUGCAGAAUGCUGUGGUAGCCAUGCUGGUUAAGUGUGCCUUGAAUUCUAAAUAAAUCACAGACAGUGUCACCAGCAAAGCACCCCCACACCUCCUCCUCCAUGCUUUGCGGUGGGAACCACACAUGCAGAGAUCAUCCGUUCACCCACGCCGCGUCUCACAAAGACACGGCGGUUGGAACCAAAAAUCACGCGUAAACACAGUUCACAUUCAUUGCAGCCACGUUGUAUUCCUUCUCGCAUCUAUGCACUCUCCUCCUCUCACCUUUUCCCUUCGUUUGUGGACUUCAAUGCACAACACAUCAGCUGUAUGUGACCAAGCGAAAAAACCUUUCCAAGCCAAACCAAUACAUAACUGCUACACACAGCCUACAUCGUUGUCACCAUAUUAGCUAAAGUAACGUUAUAGUCAACCAGUGGAGGCUCCUCGUGGUAUACACUGUUCAAUGAAAUGCUUACUUGCAGGUUCCUUCUCUACAAAAGCCACAUCCCUGAUUGGCAGAUGAGUGGCAACCCUGAUUAGAAGCACCUGCUGCUCAUCGGUUGUUCUUUACAAAUGCAGUUUGAAUUAAAAUAAAAUGGUACCUACACACCGAAGAAGGCUGUAAAGCUGAAACAUUUGUGUAUGCUAUCCCUGAUGCAGUGAAGAAAAAGGAAUAAUGACGUAAGCCUUAUGCGACAUCUCUUUUAGUGCGAACCCAUUACACCCUUUGUUUGUCCUUCUCUACAAUGCAAUAACAAUAAGAAAUAAGAAAAUAUAAGAAUAUGAACGUAAAGUAAAUGGCUUAAUAGAAUAGAAUAAACAUUUUAGCAUCAGUAUAAUACAGGAAGGCACAAUUUAUAGUGCAAUAUUUACAUGUGUUUUGGGGAAGGGGGGGGUUGGGAGCAAGUUGAAAUUGUGCCGUAUUUAGCAAUAAUAAUAAGAGUCUAGUAGCAGUAGUUGUGAUGUGUCUGUGUGUGUGUGUGAAUGAAUUAUUGUAUAUCUGUGUGGGUGUGCGUGAGUGCAUGUGUGCUAAGGUGGUCAGUCCAGUUCAAGUGUUCAGCAGUCUGAUGGCUUGUAGAUAGAAACUGUCUCUGAGCCUGUUGGUAUCAGACCAUAUGCUCCGAUAAGGUCUGCCGGACGGUAAGGGAGUGAACAGCUCGUGGCUGGAGUGUAUGGGGUCGUUGAUGAUGCUUCCGGCCUUCAUCAGGCAACGUUUUGUGUGUGUGGUGUGUAUUAACUCUCCCAUCUCUGCCUCAAUACCAUUGCCCAAAAUGUGUCCGCUCUACACACUCGUUAGCCAAACCCAUUUAUUCACAUUUACCCACUUCUUAAAAAAUCCCCAAACCUCUCAUGAUGAGGCAUUGGGAAUCUGAGCAAAACCACAGUCAGAAAGCAGUUUGAUGUCAAAUCCCUCAUGUUUGAGAGUGAGCAGUUGAAAAUGUCACAACAGAAGGGAGAAUUAGCGUUUUCGCUGGCUAGCUUCUCAUUCUGUGGUCGAAAUCCUGUUUACCCUUUCAACAAGUAGACCAAGCUACUUAGCCAAAGCCUCUCUUUCCCAGUGCUAAGUGCUAACCACAAACAUAUUGACCUAGUAGUGUGCAGCCCUGUACUGGGAAAAAACCUGGCACUGGGACAAAGUCUGUUUCUUCAUCAACUUCCCCCACCCCCCACCCAUUUUGGAACGGCCUGACGAUGAUCGACAUGGAUGGGAAUCUGAUCGACCAGUCAGCCGGUUUAAAAGGGACAGCUGUUGGGUGGACAAUCGGAUUCCAGCACAGGGAUGGGGGGCAGAAGCCGCAUGUGAGGACAUCUCCUAAUUGGAUUAACAGGACUUCAUCAACUCUCCCAACGUUUACUGUUAUGGAGGGGGGAUUUGAGGAGACGUAGUAAAUUAUGGGUACUGUAGUCAAUCUGCGUUUCUUACUGUUUUCUUAUUAUGUGUUUGUUUUUGUCUUUUUCUGUUUUGUAGAUGACCAAGGUGACCAAAGACCAUUGCCUAGAGAUUGUAAACAAAUUUGAGCCCUGCCCCGAGAACCAGAAGCAGGGAGUUCUGGGUAUUGAUGGUAAGAGCUCUCUUAUUGGUCCCUUUCUCGAUUGUCCUUUUAUCAGUCAAAUGUUGAAUGUCUCACCAUACUCUGAAAUUGAGCUUUUCUAACAGCCUAGUCAUAUAGACUCCCUGAAACCCCCCCCCAGUGAUUAUACAAACAAAAAUGUGUUUAUUGUUCAUCUCUAGAAAAUCCAAAUAGUUUAGAAGUAUUGUAUAAAAAGAAUGGAUGCAUGAAAUGUUGGUUCGAAUCAGUCUGUAGUCAUUGAUUUUUUUUGGAUCUGUCCCUGAACCCACAUACAUACUCUGAGCAUUAUCUGAACUUUUAGUGAGCGAGUACUUAACAUCUGUGUAAUGUCAGUUUGAAUACAACAUCUACAGACCACAUGAAUAUAUCUCUAUAAUAUCAACGUCAUCACCUCUCUCUAUUCAGAAUACAUCUACUAUUGUUACAGUAUAUCCCCAUAAGGAAAUCCCUCUAGGAACUCACCAUAGUCAAAUCACUUGGCAGCAUUCCGCUCAAAAUAUUCUCACUCAUGUCAAAAUGCCCCCCCGCCCCCCGCCGAGAUCCAAUUUCAUGUUCAACACAUCUGCCCCUUUCCCCUAAAUCCCACCCCUGUCUACAACAUCUCUCCAACACAUCAUGAUUGAUGGCUCCCAUGUGGUCCUCUUCAGGGUUGCAUUCACUAGGCACCAAAGGAACGAAAAUGGACUGAAACGGGGAGGGGACUACCUGGACUUGUCCAGUAAGGAACGCUCAUUUUCGUUUUCAGUUGCAAAAUGUUAAAAAACAUUUUCUGUUUGCAUGUGACCCAGGUUUCACCAGCUACAUGCGCAGCCCGGCGGGGGACAUCUUCAACCCGGAGCACUACGAGGUGACCCAAGACAUGUCGCAGCCGCUCUGCAACUACUUCAUCGCCUCCUCCCACAACACCUACCUGAUGGGCGACCAGCUCAUGUCCCAGUCCCGCGUCGACAUGUACGCCUGGGUGCUGCAGGCCGGCUGCCGCUGCGUUGAAGGUCAGUGGAAGACGCCGUUCUCUCCAUCAUGAGCACGCACACAGACACACACAGACACACAAACAUUUGUGUGUAAAGAAGCACAUGCAAGCAAACACAUGCACCCAAAUACAUGUUUGCAAGAAAGCAUGUACCCGUGCACAUACACGGACAGGUUACAUACGGUGUUACAAAUAUUCGCUAUGUCUAUCAUAACAGUCAGUGAAUGUAAUGGGUCCCUAGUAAGUAAAAGAGCAUGGCUAACACAGGGCCAUUCACUGGCUUUGAGUGCCCUUCCCUUCUCAUGGUCGCUCCUCUCGUUCCCCCCUUUCUAUUCAUUCCCCUCCACUGAAGUGGACUGCUGGGACGGGCAGGACGGAGAGCCCAUCGUGCACCACGGCUACACGCUCACCUCCAAGAUCCUCUUCAAAGACGUCAUCGAGACCAUCAACAAGUACGCCUUUGUGAAAAACGAGUAAGUGUGUCGCUGCUUUUUAAUAUCAUCUCUUUCUCUCAUCUCCUUUUGCCCAAAGACAUCUCAGCUAGUUUCCCAGGUUUCAACUCCCUGACAGAAAGUGGGACUUGGUGGGAAAAAUCACCAUAUUUUUUUAUGGCACAUGGAAAAUGAGGUUCUGAGACAUUGGCUCACACAUAAUCUCAAUUCACAACUCUCUUUUAUGCCAUGUCAUUCAUCCUGAGCCUAUAUAGGCGAAUGCGAGGGAAUGAGGCGUUGAAUUCAAUUGCCGUCAGUAUGGUGUUUCAUGAGAUAUGGGUCUGAUGAGAGCUUUUUGUCAUGCACGCCAUAGCGAGCCUAACAACAUUGUGCAUCCAUGUUAAUGGUUGCAGUAUGACAUUCAGAUGUAGCCUACUUUACCUUAGGGUUUCACAUAUGCUUCAGAUAUGUAAUGCAUUAGAUACACCUAUGAACAAGGCUCAUGGUUAAAAAUCAUUUUUUUAUUGAAUUAUUAUAGUCAUUUAUAAAUCACAAACAAUUCAAGAUAAUUUUCUCUGAAUAUUCCUAAUACAAAUUGGUGGUUCUCAGUGACUCAGUCUCUAUCAUUUAAUAGCUUUUCUUGAACAAAGCAAGCGUACAAAUUGAUGCUCCGCUAGAAUGAAAUCUAUCAUAGACUACACAAUGAGUCCCUGGGAUCGUAGUUGAAAGGCACUGCUCGACGAUGCAGUGCAUUGCUUUGAGUAGUGCCCAUAGCAAUUGCAGUCGACCCCACACACAUGUUUUUGAGGACAGAACAGGGAACGUCGGCGACCAUCAUGUCUUGGGUUGUGAUGGGCUGUGUUGUGUGCCUUAGUAGACAGAGAUAUGUAGGCUAGACACUCCUACAGGCUUACUGGAGCAAGUGAGUGUUUCUCCAUGACCUGCUCUCACAUACACACAUGAUCAGAGAUGCAACGCUACUGAAGGUGAUAAUCCUUUCAAGAUGCACGCGAGUCUGUCAGGGUGUCAGUGUGAUGCGGUAGGACAAAGUCAGGCGCAGGACACAGAGCUAAUCGAAAACGUACUUUACUCGUAGGUAACGUAAAUAACAUAACCUCCACGCAGGGAGGAAACAAACCCGCUCACCAGACGACAACCAAACAUGAACAAACACGCACAACAUACAGUGGGAGCCAGAGGGUUGAAUAGGGAAAUAAUCAAUACCUAAUGGGAGUGAACAAUAAAGACAAGACAAGUAGAACACAGAAACAUAGAUCGGUAGCAGCUAGUACUCCGGUGACGACGAACGCCGAAGCCUGCCCGAGCAAGGAGGAGGAGCAGCCUCGGCUGAAUCCUUGACAGAGUCUGCAUGCAUAUUUGUGUGUUCUUUAGUGCAAGACUAUAUAUGCACUGCAUUUUGUAGAUAAUUGCUUGAACAGCAAGGAAUGUAUUCAACUUCUAUGGCACUGCCUUGGCAAUGGUUUAUCACUAAUGAGACAGUUGAUGACAAAGACACAGUACAGCCAUAGGUUUUCAGUUUGUAAUUAGAGUUUCAUUCCAAUGUCAUCACCUUCAACCCUCUGAAAUUUGAUUUUGAAGUGCCUCAGAAAAUUACAACAUUCUUUGAUGUAUAACAAUAUAUAGAUCCAUGGCUUUAUCUCUGGCUGUACCCAAGUAUUUGUCCUCAAGUCUCAGAUAUUGUGAUAACCCAUGUCUGUCCCUGUCUCUGUCAGCUACCCAGUGAUCCUGUCCAUAGAGAACCACUGCAGCGUCCCCCAGCAGAAGAAGAUGGCCCAGUACCUGGUGGAGGUGAUGGGAGACAAGCUGGACCUCUCAGCCGUCAAGGCAGACGAACAGGGCCACCUGCCCUCCCCAGACACCCUCAAAGGGAAGAUCCUCGUCAAGGUAAACACUUUGCAUGCGCAUAUUCACACAUGCACAGAUACACACAGACACACAAACAUAAGUAUUAUUCUUAGCAGCCAGUCAUAGACCAGGGGUCUCUCCACCCUCGCUCCCAGAGAGGAGAUCUACUUGGUGUUCAGGUUUUUGUUUCUUCCAGCAGUAAUACACCUGAUACAGCGAAUUGUGGAUCUGCAGACUAUUGAAAUAGAAGCCUUGGUUGGAACAAAUGCCUGCAGGCUUGGACACUACCCUUGUAACAUCAUAGAAAGGGAGGAAUAUUGACAAAAGCAAUACAUCAUAUAAGAAACAAGUAAAUGAAUUUGUAAAAAGGUGAGGCGCCUGAGUUCCUUCCUUCUCUGCUCUAUAAAUGGAGUUGGAAAUUGUUCAACCUGUAGCUGACUCUAGGCACAUCAGGCAGCUAUGGGUCAAAGGGCAAUCCUAGCGCUAGUUACCACACUGUUCUAAAUACAGCCUCCACUCCGCACGUUUCCCCGGACAGACAGUCUCAUUAGUGGGGAAGUUUACAAAUCACUCUGAUUUGGCCCUAGUGGGUCUUUGAUAGUAGUCCUCUCCUUCAUGCCCUCUGACCAUGAAAGGACAUAACCGGCCAAAUCAAUAUGGCCGACAGCUAUCCAGCUUUUUUCUUUUCAUCAUAACUAAAGAAAGGCGACAACGAGAGGAAACCUUUUAAGAGUGCUAAGACACAUGUCUGUAACAAACUGAGUUGCCUCCAUCAACUCGACAUUAUCAGACAAGACAGAACAGCCAGUUUUUUAGGUUAAGGAGAGUUUAUUGAUGCCAGGUGCUUUAGUGGAAGACGGUCCAGUUCCAAGGCCUGGCUGGCGUUCGCAUCACACUGCCAUGUGGCAGCUGUCCAGUACAUUUACAUUUUAGUCAUUUAGAGCUGCAUGUGAUUGUACUGUAACGUCACUCCUACAUGAUCGUUUGGAACUGGCUGAGGGGAUGGAUUUUCACAGUGGAUUUGCAGUCUCAUUUGAUUGUGGAUUGUUAUAGUUUUGUCUGGGUUUCAAUGAACUGUCAACAGUGUGUGGGUGUGUGCGUGUGUGCGCCCCCGAAAGAGACCGCUUCUUAUGAUGGUUCUAAAACGUUGCAUACCAGAUGCACACUGCCAUGUUUAACACUUAAAGGAAAACUCCACCCAAAUUAUUUUAUCAUACCGGCUGUACUUCUGUAUUUUGAAAGUUAUAUAUCUUGAAAACUUGAUUGCUGACAUGCAAAACGUUUUGGAACUAUAUCAACAAUGGACUAAUGAAACAAAUACCAAAAUAUAGUUUUUGGGUGGAUUUAACUCAUUCCACUCCACUCACAACCUGCACAAUGCUCACGAAACAGCCAUAGCUCCUUUACUGAUUUUCGAUUAGUGCUGACGGCAGAACAGAAGCCGCGCGGCUCUCCAUUGAUAGUAAUAUCACAGCCUCGGACCUAGUUAUUGAAGAUGAUUGCUGCUGAGAAAAUCAGACAAACAUCCCCUCGUUGAACCUUGGAAAACCGGCGACCGGCAAGAUCGAGACCAAUCCUUUACUGCUGUAUCGAUCUGUCACGAUCGUCGGAUAUAGAGGACCAAGGCGCAGCGUGGAAGGUGAACAUACUUAUUUAUUAAAUGAUACACGAACAAAACAACAAAUCGAUACGUGACGUCCACAGGUGCAAAACACAAACCAACACGGAACAAGAUCCCACCAACACUGUGGGAAAAACCACCUGACUAAAUAUGGUUCCCAAUCAGAGACAACCAGCAACAGCUGAUACUCGUUGCCUCUGAUUGAGAACCACUCUGGCCAACAUAGAUAUACAAACACUAGACUAAACACAACGAGCACAAAACAUAAACUCUACACACCCUGGCUCAACUUAAAAGAGUCCCUAGAGCCAGGGCGUGACACGAUCCCUGACAUUUUCACCCGUCUAUCCAGCAGCUGUAGCUGUUACGGCUGUUACGCCUUCAGCACUCAGGAGGAAAGCCUAAUGGUUUAGAUUGGGGAAAUAUUGUGUAAAGCCAUCAUGCAAAGAGCUAUAUCCUUUAAGACACACCAUGUUAAUAGCACUCAGCACCUCUGAGCAAUAACAACCCAUUUAGUGUUUACACUGAAUUAGACAGUAUUAUGAUAUUAAUAUCUAGUUCAACCUAAAAAGUAACAUUCAAACCCGAACUGAGCCCCACACUGGCAUACAGUGAGGGAAAAAAGUAUUUGAUCCCCUGCUGAUUUUGUACUUUUGCCCACUGACAAAGACAUGAUCAGUCUAUAAUUUUAAUGUCCCUGACAUCCUUGGAGAGCUCUUUGGUCUUGGCCAUGGUGGAGAGUUUGGAAUCUGAUUGACUGAUUGCUUCUGUGGACAGGUGUCUUUUAUACAGGUAACAAGCUGAGAUUAGGAGCACUCCCUUUAGGAGUGUGCUCCUAAUCUCAGCUCGUUACCUGUAUAAAAGACACCUGGGAGCCAGAAAUCUUUCUGAUUGAGAGGGGGUCAAAUACUUAUUUCCCUCAUUAAAAUGCAAAUCAAUUUAUAACACUUUUGACAUGCGUUUUUCUGGAUUUUGUUGUUGUUAUUCUGUCUCUCACUGUUCAAAUAAACCUACCAUUAAAAUUAUAGACUGAUCAUUUCUUUGUCAGUGGGCAAACGUACAAAAUCAGCAGGGGAUCAAAUACAUUUUUCCCUCACUGUACACAUAAAAAGGCCAUAGAAUGGAGUACAGGUCAGUUUUGUUUACCCAUCCCUAAUGGUUAAGGUAGAGUAUUGAGGAGGGUUACAUGAUUCUAGACCUGUCCCUAAGGGUAACUUCUACCCAGAAACUCAUGAAAUGGUGCUACUUGGUUCUGUUCAAUAGGGCACACAAUCGAAAAACAAUUUGCAACGAAAAUCUGUAAAUGUGUGACUCUUAUUGAUCCUGUUCAGGUAUUCCAUCCCUCAUUCAGAAUAUUUUUCUUCCGUUCGGUGCCUAAUAAAUAUUAAUGCCACUUUUGUCCGCCAGGGCAAGAAGCUCCCGCCGAACAUCGACGAAGACAAUGAGGAGGGUGACGUGACGGACGAAGACAGUGCUGACGAGAUGGAGGACGACUGCAAACUGAUAAAUGGAGAUGUAAGGGCCCCACCCCUCCUCCUCCUCCUCCCUCCAUUUACCCAUUUGAAUCCCUCCAUCUCUGCGGUCGAUCUAUUCUAUAUUGUAUUUUCAGUCUGUUUUAUUUCUAUAUAAUAUAUAGCAGACUGAAAAUACUGAAAAUAAUACAAUGUACAAUACAGACUGAAAUAUACUAUAUUGUAUAUUGCGCUGGAUGUUGUUUGUUGCUAAUUGGAGUGUAGAAACUACCCGAGUAUGUUUUUCGCUGUUUUUAUUGUAUCAUUAUCUGUGCUGGUAAAUGUGCGUGCGUGAUUGUGUGCAUGCGCGCGCGUGUACGUGCAUGUUUAUGUCAGGGAUAAGCUUUCCGUUCCUGUUUGUAGUUGAUGAAUGAUGUCUCAAUUAGUUAGUUAGUCGGUGUCCGUUGGGGCCCCCUCCUCAUGUCUCGUCUUCUCUGUCAGAAAGCUCUGUUGUUUCCCUCUGUGUACCUACCUCUCCCUCUCUAUCCUUUCAUUGUCAUCCAUGCAUUCUGAAGUGGAAGGUACUAUAAAACGUGAUCAUUCUCAGACUUCUUUAAACAUCACCCCACCCCAAUCAUAUCCUGUUUAACAUACAUAUGUGCACACUACACCUGUGACUCUGCUGUCCAAUGCCAGUGCCGAGGUAUUUAUGAAACCAUAGAAAUAGAAUCCUUAGAAGGGACAUAGAACCUAUGGAAUUCUAUUUUUGUAUGAAACCUUGGUCAAAGUGAGAAGCUUUACCGUGACCAAUGGUGGCAUGUUUUUAGGAUACGUCACAAUAUAUCUCAAUGGUUGCUUCUCCUCGUCUCCUCUCCUUCCUCACUGAUAUGACAAGAUAGUUGCCAUUAAGCCCUUUCCAGUUAGUAGUCCUGAAGGGAAAAAAUUGAAAAUAUGUGCUAAAUGGUAUAUAUAUUAUGUGGAAUGGAAACAAUUUAAGACUACUUGGAUAUUAUAGCUAUUGGCUAUGUACAUCUCUUUUGAUAAAAAAAAGGCUGAAACUUGCUAGUUACUUGCAUCUCAGGAUGUUGUCUAUGUACAUGUUGAGAGUGAUGACAGGAGUUUGUUUGUGGUAUAACUCUCCCAUCUAGUGGUAGAAGCAUGCAAGUGAUUUCACGUCCAACUUCCAUAGUGCUCUCAUUUCACCCUAUACGCUGAGUAUACAAAACAUUUCCAUAACAUAGACUGACCAGGUGAAAGCUAUGAUCCCUUAUUGAUGUCACUUAAAUCCACUUCAGUUAGUGUAGAUGAAGGGGAGGAGACAGGUUAAAGAAAGAUUUUUAAGCCUUGAGACAUUUGAGACAUGGAUUGUGUAUGUGUGCCAUUCAGAGGGUGAAUGGGCAAGACAAAAUAUUUAAGUGCCUUUGAAUGGGGUAUGGUAGUAGGUACCAGGUGCACCAGUUUGAAUGUGUCAAGAACUGCAACACUGCUGGAUUUUUCACGCUCAACAGUUUCCCGUGUGUAUCAAGAAUGGUCCUUCACCCAAAGACAUCCAGCCAACUUGACACAACUGUGGGAAGCAUUGGAGUCAACAUGGGACAGCAUCCCUGUGGAACACUUUCGACACCUUGUAGUCCAUGCCACGACGAAUUGAGGCUGUUCUGAGGACAAAAGGGGGGGUGCAACUCAUUAUUAGGAAGGUGUUCCUAGUGUUUUGUAUACUGAGUGUACAUUACAUUACAAUGAACAGUAAUAAAUUUACAUUUUAGUCAUUUAGCAGACGCUCUUAUCCAGAGCGACUUACAGUUAGCUAGUUCAUUUUGUCUUCCUGCAGACCCACCUGAAGUGUUCUUUGUCUUUGGAUAUUGGUUAGUGUGUGUAUGCAGUGUUCUAUAUGUUUGCAUAUUGGUUAGUGUGUGUAUGAAGUGUUCUAUAUGUUUGCAUAUUGGUUACUAUGUUUGUGAAGGCUCUUGACUGGCUCUGGAUGCCAAGGCCAGCAGGGUGACACUGUAUACCUCUGUCUUGUCUCCUCUCAGGAUGAGGGGCUCACACACCUGCACCACCUCAUUCGGCUUAAGGCCACUAGGAGGAGUCCAGGAUUGCACACAAAAUAGUUUGAAUCCAAUAUCCAUGUCGUCAGUGCUCAUGGAAUUGUUACUUUACUCUUUAUCAAAUAGUACAUAUCAGUAAAUUACAUGUGGCUGAAAGUCACUCUGCAUAUUGUCAUAUAAAACUAAUCUCAUUCUCAACCAAUGGAAUAGUCAUGUUAUAUGCUGAAAUAUUCAGUGGUUUUAAAUGGCACCCUGUUCCCUAUAGUGCUCAAAUUUUGGCCUGAGAUUCAAAAAGCAUUUGUAUCUACAAAAGGUUUUGUCUACAGUAGUGAACCUAUUGUCUUUUCUCCAUCUGUUGCUGACAUAUUGCAUAACCAUUGAACCAACCAUUUCAUUUGUCAAUCAGAACAAAAAGAAAUCAUAUUUCUUUGUUGCAAUAUGUGGUUGUAUGGUUGUACUUACACCUGGUAAUGCUCUCCGCAAAACAAAUCUGAGGCAAAACCACACCGGACGUCACAUAACCAUUUCUUCUCCCCAACCUCGUCCCUCCCUCCCCUUCUCUCUUUCUCUCCCUCCUUCCCCCUCACUCUCUCUCCCCCAUCCCAUCCCUCCCCCUUCUCCCUCACAGACAUCCAUGACCAGGAAGCAGGUAGAGAACGUGGCUAAGAAGAAGCUAGACAACCUGAUGAAGGAGUCUAAGAUCCGCGACCGGGAGGACCCAGACAGCUUCACCGUCGCCGCCCUGCCCCCCUCGGGGAAGCCCACUGAUCAGUCAGCCUCCAAGGUAACAACCACGGCUCUGUAGACUAGACCUGGGUUCAAAUUCUAUACUUUGAGUGUUUGCUUUAACCUGCCAGGAGUGGUUUGCACUUUUGAGACUUUUCUAUUGGUUCCAUUGCAACAGGCAUGCUCAAUCAAGCACACAUCCACUAUUUAAAAUGAUUUCAAAUAGUAUUUGAACUCCCAGGUCUGUUGUAGACAGUGAAGAAAUGUAGGCUACCGCACGCACACCCAAGGGCCUCCACACACUGAUUCUGUCAGGGUUAUACUACCACUGUAAGUAAUAUAAAGGGACAUUUCGUUAAGUACCACUGUAAGCCUGAGAAGCAACACUUGUAUUCUGGGAAAACGCUUUCGUUUUCGCUGAGACAAUUGUUCUGUCCCUCCCCUCUCUCUUAUCGCAGAGUUGCCCAUUAUUAGUAGCAUGUUUCAUUAGCAUUGUAAUUGAGCCCUCUCUCUCCUAGAAGAGAGAGAGAGAGAGAGCGAGCAGAGAGAGAGAGAGAGAGAGACGAGAGAGCAGAGAGGGAGAGCGAAGAGAGGAGGGGGGAGCGAGAGAAGAGGGAAGAGGGGGGCGCGAAACGAGGAGAUAGAGGGACGAGAGAGAUCGGAGCUCAUAGCGCUCUCUCUCGCUAGCUAUCUCUCUCUCUCUCUCUACUCUCUCUCUCCUAUCUCUCUCUCGAUCUCAUCUCUUCGUCUCUCUCUCUCGCUCUCCCUAAUCAUGAUAAACAUUAAGUAGCGUGGCCUAGCAGCAGCGGAGCGGCUAUGGCUGAUUGAGGAGGCAGUGCCUCCUACCCAGGGUGCCUAAUGCAAGAAACCAUACACACAUAUACACACACGCACACAUGCAAGCAACCACACAUGCAUAUAUACACACACACACACAAGCCAAACGUGAAUCAAUUUCAAUAAGGAGGACAUUAGCAUUCAAAUGAGUCGCAUUGCUUAUGUGAAGACAAUAAACGUGGUGAAGAAAAUAGGUGUGUGUGUGUGUGUGUGUGUGUGUGUGUGUCUUUAUACAUGUUUUAGAAUGCCUCUACAAGUUAUUGUCCAUUGAAAGUGGGACCGGAAACAUAUCAGUUUGGAACUGAACAGGUGUCUUUGUGUGGCUGUUGAGCAACAAAACAUGUGUAAAGGAGAUGCUGAAUUUUGUGUGUCUGUGUGCUCCUUCUCUUCCAGGGCAAAGGUGAUGAUGAUGCAGACACAGGGGACGAAGCCAGCCCCAGCACCAACAAGCGUCUAGCCAGGACCUUCAUGGGCAGCUUCACCAACCGCAAGGUGGGCUUCAUUUGCCACCCCACCACCUCUCCCUCACUCUCUCCUCUCCUGUCCACCUUCCCGGUGCAUUUUUCUGGGGUCGUGUUCAGUAGGCCACAACAUAGCGAAAUGUUUUGAUUCAACAGAAUGUUACAGUACUGAUGGAAAACACUUGGAGCAGAGGUGCUACCAUACCAACUGAAGUUGUCUAAUAAGAAUGCUCAUGUUAGUUUCUACCGUUUAGAAGCUUUUUGAAGCGUUUCUGUUUUCUACCUACUAAACACGACCCUGGUCUCCACUCCUGUCCUUAAUUCCUGUUGUUAUCUCAACAUGUUUGAAUUUACCACUAACCCCAGCUUCUCGUUUCAUCCCAUUCCAUUUCAUUAGUCUUUUGAGGAAUGUCAGGUCAGGAUCAUGUCCCAUCUAAAACAUGUCCAUUUAGAGUUUGAAAUCGCAUCCUACACCUUAUAUCAGGGGUUGGCAACAGGCGGCCCGCAGGCCAAAACCGGAACACAAGUGAUUUUUUUUGGCCGCCCCAAAGUUUCUAGUAAAAAAAUAUGUACACUGAGUGUACAAAACAUUAGGAACAGCUUCCUAAUAUUGAGUUGCACCCACUUUUGCCCUCAGAACAGCCUCAACUCAUCGGGGCAUGGAUUACAAGGUGUCGAAAGCGUUUCACAGGGAUGCUGGCCUAUGUUGACUCCAAUGCUUCCCACAGUUGUGUCAAGUUGGCUGGAUGUCCUUUGGGUUGUGGACCAUUCUUAAUACACAUUGGAAACUGUUGAGCGUGAAAAACCCAGCAGCGUUGCAGUUCUUGUCACAUUCAAACUGGUGCGCCUGGCACCUACUACCAUACCCCAUUCAAAGACACUUAAACCUUUUGUCUUGCCCAUUCACCCUCUGAAUGGCACACAUACACAAUCCAUGUCUCAAUUGUCUCAAGGCUUAAAAAUCCUUCUUUAACCUGUCUCCUUCCCUUCAUCUAAACUGAUUAAAAUGGUCAGUCUAUGUCAUGGAAAGAGCAGGUGUUCCAAAUGUUUUGUACACUCAGUGUAUAUAUUAGUUUGGGUCAAAAAAUGCUGUAAAAUCACCAGGAAUUCAGCAAAAAAAUUGUUUAUUUAGGAAAUCUGUUCCCAAGUAUUCUAUGAAUAAUAAAGAGAUCGUGUCUCAAUUUAAUCAAGGUAUGAAAUUAUUGUUAUUUUCAAAUACAAUCUAUUUUUGGGCUUAGUUGGGGUCAAUUUGCAGUGUACAAAUUAUUAUAAUUAUGUUCUGGCCCCGCGACCGUCCACUCUGACCAAAAUCAGCCCACGGCUGAAUCUAGUUGCCUACCCCUGCUCUUUGUAGUCCACAACUUUUGUAGUAAUACAAUGCUUUUGUAGUAGGGAUAGGAUGCAAUUUCAGACAGAGCUAGAUGGUGGGCUGAAGCCGAAAAACUUGAAGUUGAUCGAUCCCCGCCGAGGGAGGAGAUUCAUUUUUUGUAUAUGACAGUAAAACAUUCUUAUGAUGACUAUGACACCUUCAAUUCUUGCACAUUUUCUCAUAAAAACUAUAUUUCAACAAUGUCUGCUCAGGUACAUUUGCUGAACUGCUAAACAUUUUUUCCAAAUCAAAUCAAUGCAAAUAGUCCGGGUAGCCAUUUGAUUAGCUGUUCAGGAGUAUUAUGGCUUGGGGGUAGAAGCUGUUAAGAAGCAUUUUGGACCUAGACUUGGCACUCCGGUACCGCUUGCCGUGCGGUAGCAGAGAGAACAAUCUAUGAUUAGGGUGGCUGGAGUCCUUGACAAUUUUUAGGGCCUUCCUCUGACACCGCCUGGUAUAGAGGUCCUGGAUGGCAGGAAGCUUGGCCCCAGUGAUGUAGUGCGCCGUACACACUACCCUCUGUAGUGCCUUGCGGUCGGAGGCCAAGCAGUUGCCAUACCAGGCAGUGAUGCAACCAGUGUGGAUGCUCUCAGUGGUGCAGCUGUAUAACUUUUUGAGGAUCUGAGGACCCAUGCCAAAUCUUUUCAGUCUCCUGAGGGGGAAUAGGCUUUGUCGUGCCCUCUUCACGGCUGUCUUGGUGUGUUUGGAACAUGAUAGUUUGUUGGUGAUGUGGACACCAAGGAACUUGAAGCUCUCAACCUGCUCCACUACAGCCCCGUCGAUGAGAAUGGGGGCGUGCUCGGUCCUUCAUUUCCUGUAGUCCACAAUCAUCUCCUUUGUCUUGAUCACGUUGAGGGGGAGGUUGUUAUCCUGGUACCACACGGCCAGGUCUCUGACCUCCUCCCUAUAGGCUACUAUCCAUGAUGUAAACACAGCCUCUUGUGAAAACGCAAGCUGUUCUCUAAGGAAGAGGAAGAUAUACUAUAGCUAGCUCCCAAAGACUGAUACAAGAUAAAUAUAUGUUUUCGAGUGCAAUUGAAAUAUGCAGCAUGCAAUACAAAUUGUCUUGAUCGUAUGAAGAGGUAACUCCAUUUAGCCAAUUUAUUGAAAUGUAGUCAAUGUUAGUUUGACUAGCCUAGCCAGCUACUGAAAAUGUCAAUUUGUGUUUCAUUAGCUAUCUCUCUAUCAGUGAAUUCAAUUUUUUUAAUCAUGUUUUGGCAUGAUUAUACACUGAGUGUACAAAACAUUAGGAACACCUGCUCUUUCCAUGACAUAGACUAACCAGGUGAAUCCAGCAGAAAGCUACGAUCUCUUAUUGAUGCCACUUAUUAAAUCCAAUUCAAUCAGUGUAGAUGAAGGGGAGGAGACAGGUUUGAGGUUAAAUAAGGAUUUUUAAGCCUUGAGAAAAUUCAGACAUGGAUUGUGUAUGUGUGUCAUUCAGAGGGUGAAUGGGCACGACAAAAGAUUUAAGUUGCUUUGAACGGGGUAUGGUAGUAGGUGCCAGGCGCACCGGUUUGAGUGUGUCAACAAGCAACGCUGCUGGGUUUUUCACGCUCAACAGUUUCCCGUUUGUAUCAAGAAUGGUCCACCACCCAAAGGACAUCCAGCCAACUUGACACAACUGUGGGAAGCACUGGAGUUAACAUGGGCCAGCAUCCCUGUGGAAUGCUUUCAACUUCUUGUAGAGUCCAUGCCUCGACAAAUUGAGGCUGUUCUGAGGGCGAAGGGGGGUGCAUCUCGAUAUUAGGAAGGUGUUGCUAAUGUUGUGUACACUCACUGUAUGUCUCAUUUCACGUAACUAGCUGCAGGCUUAAAUAAACAUUCAAUCAUAUACUUUGCAUAGAAACCCAUAUAAAAGCACGUAGAUAGAAAGAUGUGUGUCAUGUAUGCUAGAAUGGAGGUUUAAAAAAUGACAGCUGCAUAUGCAUAUUAGCCAAUACAUGUGGCAUAGCCUACACAUAUAGCAUACCUUGCAAUACAAUGUUCUCUAAAAACAGUUGUACAAUGUGCUCUGCAAUAAGAUAACCAGAGUUUGAUUUCUAAACCCGAUGAGUUCUCAAAUGGCAGCUGCCCAAUACCAUGGUGGGUAUGCAUAAUGUUGGAUGCAUUAGAAUAUAAGGUAUGGAGAAUGAUAAAGAGCCUGUAGGAUUAUAGAAAAAGCAGUUAGGAAAUGAAUGUUUGAGUUUCAAAUACUAAAUGUUCAGUGAAUGUGAGUAUAUUUAUGUGUUUUAAAUUAUUAACCUUCUAAAGGUUGACGGUGCCAAAAUCUUGCCAAUUUAUUCAUUAUUCUACUAACUAUGACUGAGUGAGAGACAUGUUUUCCAUAAUGUACGUUUCAUACAUAUACAUUCGAACAAAGAACACCAUCACACAUAGUGUUUCACCAUUUAUUGAGUACGGAGACAAAUAGCAAAGGUGUCUCAGGCAGUAUUUGAAGUAUCUAAAUAUAGUGUAACCUACCAAUCAAUGUAUAUCAAGUGCCGUGGAGGGCACAAUCUUACAACGUUGCAGUCCAGAAAUGAGAGCUUUACCAUCUAUGCCAAAAGCCUGGGCCUCUGCAUGUUACAAUAGUAAAAUAAUCUGUUUGUCACCUGUUAAACUGAUUCUUUAUUGAAUUUAGUCUUCGAGAUGCUCAAACAAGCAUGUGUAUCUGUAGUUGGUGUUCUUCAACUCUAAAAUGCACUACACUGUGUAAGACCAAACCCACAAAGACAAGACAACAGGCAAAUGCAUACGUGGUCCCAAUGUCUAAAUGGUGACGGCAGGGCUAGUUCAAACUGCAGUAGGAUGGUUCGCCUCACAGGUGAGUGAAUCAGCCCAUGCUUGGUCAAUAGCACUUGGUUGAUCUCUGGGAGCAGGACACCGGAGAGCUGAAUAGAUCAAGUGAGACAAAAAAAAGACAAGAAUUCAUCAAAUAAAUCAUCACAGCAAAGGAAUGUAGUUUGUGAGCUACAAAAUGAACAUCUGACAGUCUGAGGCAGGGUGCUCUGCAAUCAUCCUACUCCAACUAUUGACAGGGAUAAUGUGGCAUUUCUUAUUUGGCAGUAUGAAUUUAAUGAGUGGGUCUUGCCUUGAUGACUGUAUUAGAGUUAGACUACUUGUCCAACAGAUUUGUGUAGUCUUAAAUUAUUACUUGGAAUAAACUAAUAGCUAAAACGCUCCUUGUCCCAGAAUGACAUGCUAGCUAGUGAUAAAGCUAUCUGCUCCUGCUAGCUAGCAACAGAUCUACUUGUUGUAACUAGCUAGCUAACUAGCAAGCUAGCUAACUACAUUACUUGUUCUAAGUUGAUUUGAUUAGAUUUUGAGUCAUUUUACAGCUUGCAUUGAAGGUAUCACGUUUCUAUAACUAAAUAGUUAGAUUACAAAUACAUAAAAAAGACUUUAUAGAUGUUUGUCGGACGGAGAUCUUUCUCAAGAUGUCACCAGCUGUCUACUACUUUAGAUACAGAUUACGUGAUUGGCAGACGUGAUCAGCAGAGAUAGUACCAUGGAUAGUACACACGUUUUGAUUGGUUUACAGUUUAGCUCAUUUGGUAGAGCAUGGCGCUUGCAACACCAGGGUUGUGGGUUCGAUUCCCACAGGGGGCCAGUAUGCACUCACUAACUGUAAGUCGCUCUGGAUAAGAGCGUCUGCUAAAUGACUAAAAAUCUAAAAUCUAGUACUUGGCGGCGUCUGCCUCCUUCUUCUUUAAAGUUUUAUGGCAGACUACACCUAUUGGUGUAUUGCCGCCACCUACUGUACGGGGUCUUCUUCUUUGAUAUUAUUGCAUUCAGCAAACAAAUGCUAUAGGUGCAUGCCGGCUACUGUUUUGGCUGUAUAUCAGCCCAAAUAAUUAACAAAAUAAAACUAAACUAAAUCAACUAAACUCACUGUACUCCUUUAUUCAGCUUCUACUGCCAAAGCCCAUCCCUACAGGCUCUGGGACCUGAGAAGGAAGAGCAUCUUCGGACAGUAUUCUUUGCAAUGUUUCGGCAGCGAAGUCCUGGAGACCCAAAAGCCUUUCAGACGCAAAUACUAUUAUGUCCAGUUUCUUGGACUUUUUGUUCGUUUGUGCAGUAUAAUUAAUCACAUGCGUGAUAAACACUAUAAAAUCCACCUUCACAAUCAGCAUAUCAGGUUUCCCUCAACUGUUGAACAACACUCAGAAUCUCCACAGUCUGCGGAGCAUCCACCGCCAUAUCUUCAGCUCCCCUCACUCUACUACUACUCAACUAUUUCACGUGCCUCCGCGUAGGAGACCUGCUGUAUAGCCCUGACCCUUGCCACUUCAUAUUCCUUUACCCUAACCGGGUACUCCAGGGAAUUGGGGCGGCAUUUGCCUGUCCAGCUAGCGAACAUAAAAGUUCUUAAAAAAUCAAGAAUUGACAUUGCCAACAAACAGAAAUGUGUUCAGAAUAAAUAAAUAUAUACAGUUGAAGUCGGAAGUUUACAUACACUUAGGUUGGAGUCAUUAAAACUUGUUUUUCAACCACUCCACAAAUUUCUUGUUAACAAACUAUAGUUUUGGCAAGUCAGUUAGGACAUCUACGUUGUGCAUGACACAAGUAAUUUUUCCAACAAUUGUUUACUUACAGAUUAUUUCACUUAUAAUUAACUGUAUCACAAUUCCAGUGGGUCAGAAGUUUACAUACACUAAAUUGACUGUGCCUUUAAACAGCUUGGAAAAUUCCAGAAAAUGAUGUCAUGGCUUUAGAAGCUUCUGAUAGGCUAAUUGACAUCAUUUGAGUCAAUUGGAGGUGUACCUGUGGAUGUAUUUCAAGGACUACCUUCAAACUCAGUGCCUCUUUGCUUGAUAUCAUGGGAAAAUCAAAAGAAAUCAGCCAAGACCUCAGAAGAAAAGUUGUAGACCUCCACAAGUCUGGUUCAUCCUUGGGAGCAAUUUCCAAACGCCUGAAGGUACCAUGUUCAUCUGUACAAACAAUAGUACGCAAGUAUAAACACCAUGGGACCACGCAGCCGUCAUACCGCUCAGGAAGGAGACGCGUUCUGUUUCCUAGAGAUGAACGUACUUUGGUGCGAAAAGUGCAAAUCAAUCCCAGAACAACAGCAAAGGACCUUGUGAAGAUGCUGGAGGAAACAGGUACAAAAGUAUCUAUAUCCACAGUAGAACGAGUCCUAUAUCAACAUAACCUGAAAGGCCGCUCAGCAAGGAAGAAGCCACUGCUCCAAAACCCCCAUAAAAAUGCCAGACUACAGUUUGCAACUGCAAAGAUGUUACGUGAAUUAUUUAACAAACUAUUUUAGUGUCUCUGUGCGUCUCCCAAAAGGUUGUAAGUCUUUUGGGAUUUAAGUAACGGCCAGAGUCCCGGUCUGCAUAGUCAGAGAUAUUUAUUCAUUGAGAAUUCUGCCAUCACAAUUUCAGAGUCCAUCUUUUAUACUCAUACAUCAUACAAAAAGAAAUCCCUCCCCUCUGUAGGUGGGCUGUAGUUUUCCACUCUAAAACUGCUCUACUGACCUUCAGUUCACAUACACACACACAUAUACACACAUGCAUACACACAUACAUACACACACACACACACAUAUCCUACUCCCUGCUUUACUCAGUUAUUGCUGUUCUCACAAUAUUCUGCACCAUGUUUUCAUAACAGUUUCUCCCCUCCCUAAAUUGGGAGGCCUCUUUAUCUUAGUUUCUCAGUUGUCUUUGUUGUCUGGCCUAACUCUUACUCACAUUGCUAAAUAGUGGCUCAAUGCCAUAGCCUUUACUGGUCCUACACUCACACAUUUCUAACACAUUAUACACAGUUUCAGGGUGUAAUAAUUAGUCAUUAAUAAUUAAUCUAUCAAAAGAUCAUACUUUUUGGAGAAAUGUCAUCUGGUCUGAUUAAACAAAAAUAUAACUGUUUGGCCAUAAUGACCAUCGUUAUGUUUGGAGGAAAAAGGGGGACCUUGCAAGCCGAAGAACACCAUCCCAACCGUGAAGCAUGGGAGUGGCAGCAUCAUGCUGUGGGGGUGCUUUGCUGCAGGAGGGACUUGUGCACUUCACAAAAUAGAUGGCAUCAUGAGGAAGGAAAAUUAUGUGGAUAUAUUGAAGCAACAUCUCAAGACAUCAGUCAGGAAGUUAAAGCUUGGUCGCAAAUGGGUCUUCCAAAUGGACAAUGACCCCAAACAUACUUCCAAAGUUGUGGCAAAAUGGCUUAAGGACAACAAAGUAAAAGUAUUGGAGUGGCCAUCACAAAGCCCUGACCUCAAUCCUAUAGAACAUUUGUGGGCAGAACUGAAAAGGUGUGUGCGAGCAAGGAGGCCUACAAACCUGACUCAGUUACAUCAGCUCUGUCAGGAGGAAUGGGCCAAAAUUCACCCAACUUAUUGUGGGAAGCUUGUGGAAGGCUACCCGAAACGUUUGACCCCUGUCAAACAAUUUAAAGGCAAUGCUACCAAAUACUAAUUGAGUGUAUGCAAACUUCUGACCCACUGGGAAUGUGAUGAAAGAAAUAAAAGCUGAAAUAAAUCAUUCUCUCUACUAUUAUUCUGACAUUUCACAUUCUUAAAAUAAAGUGGUGAUCCUAACUGACCUAAGACAGGGAAUUUUUACUAGGAUUAAAUGUCAGGAAUUGUGAAAAACAGAGUUUAAAUCUAUUUGGCUAAGGUGUAUGUAAACUUCCGACUGUACAAUAUGUAAAAACCAGCUCCUCCAUUGACAGAGCUCGAUCAUCUUGAAAACUAUAGCAGAUAGCUUACUACGGCCCACCACCUAUGCUCAUCCCUAGAGACUUUAGUGCAUUGGCGCUGUUGUGACUGUAUUGUGACCUUCUCGACUGUAUUGUGACCUUCUCCCCUCCAGAAAAAGGCAGCCAAGCUGAAGAAGGCCAACAGCUUUGAGGACACUGACACGGACCAGGAGAGCACCAGCAGCACCUCCCGCGCCCCCCUACACCACAGCAGGUACUGUUACUGUAGAGGCACGGACUGUUACCAUAGAGACAUGAACUGUUACCAUAGAGACAUGUAGUGGGACCAUAGAGACAUGGAAUGUUACCAUAUAGACAUGGGCCAUGUCCUAAUACCCAUACCUAAAUAGUAGGCCUUUUGAGUAUGUGAAAAAAUUAGGUAUUACAUUAUGUGACAUUUCGACAAUCAAGUAUACUUUAAAUGCCUGGAUGUCAUACUGAUUUCGGCUUUUCAUCUAGUAGAAUUCACUGCAUAAUUGAGGAAGAUAAUUUUUUACACCCACGUGUGUUUCGAUAACAGCUGAUAAUCAGAAUAGGGGAUGUGCGGGGAAUAAUCGCAAUUGCGCAUUCGAUGAUGCCUUCUAAGUAUGGAUGAGUAGUAUGUUGAUAUUUGUUGCCUACUGCAUACGUUUUUUUCUAAACAGUACAUUAUAUAUAGUAUGCAGUAUGAUUACGACACAGUAUGCAGUUUAAGUAAGUAGCAGACAAGCCAGAUUUCGGGCACGGCCAUGAACUGUUACCACAGAGACGUUUACUGUUACCACAGAGACGUGGACUGUUACCACAGAGACGUGGACUGUUACCACAGAGACGUGGACUGUUACCACAGAGACAUGGACUGUUACCACAGAGACAUGUUGUGGGACCAUAGAGACCUGGACUGUUACCGUAAAGAUAUGGUCUGUUAAGAGUCAUGGACUGUUACCAUAGAGACAUGGACCGUUACUACGGAGACAUGGACUGUUACCAUAUAGAUAUUGCCUGUUACCACAGAGACAUGGACUGUUACCACGUAGAUAUUGACUGUUACCAUAUGGACAUGGACUGUUACCAUAGAGACAUGGACUGUUAUCAUAGUGACAUGUUACACCUGCACCACAGCAGGUACAUCACAGCAUGUACUACAUAGCAGGUUACCAUUGAGACGCUCUGUACAACCGUACUGUAAGCCUAGAUGUACCAUAGUACUGUUCCACUGGCUCACUGGUUGUUUUCCUGCAGGAAGAAGAAGACCAUGAAGCUGUCCAGGGCUCUGUCAGACCUGGUCAAAUACACCAAGUCAGUGGGCGUCUCUGACAUAGAGACACAAGGUGAGCAGGGAGAACAAACCCUACUGGAGACUGCUUUACUAUACUGAUACUGACCCCAGAGACAGUAGUAGGAAUAGAGAAGAGUGGCGUGUAUCUGUUUUUAAAGUGUUGACAGUCCAUUUCAGACAAAGGAGUCUUUCUUUUUGUGUGUUGAUUUGUUUUAUCCCCAAGCCAAAAUAAAGGAUUUAGUUGUCUGUGUGUCACUUAUGUUUGUGUGCCCGUGUGUCUUAAGUUUGUGAACUGUGUGUGUGUCUUCCAGCCGCCAGCUCCAGUUGGCAGGUGUCUUCUCUGAGCGAGACCAAGGCCCACCAGAUCAUGCAGCAGAAAGCCGCCACCUUCAUCCACUUCAACCAGCGGCAGCUCUCACGCAUCUACCCCUCCUCCUACCGUGUGGACUCUUCCAACUUCAACCCACAGCCCUUCUGGAACGCUGGAUGCCAUCUGGGUACAGGGGGGGGGGGGGUUCCAUUUCCAAAUAAAAACCUUGUUUGAUAAUGUCGAGCUGGAUUGAAUUCUCCAUCCUGUUGAAUUCUCCAAUGGCUGCUCACACGGACAGAAUAUGGUUCCAUUAGCCCCCAAAUUAAAAUGUACUAAAAUGUUUUGGUUUGUGUGAUUUUCAGUGGCGUUGAACUACCAGUCGGAGGGGAGAGUGCUCCAGCUGAACCGAGCCAAGUUCAACAGCAACGGCAACUGUGGUUACAUCCUGAAGCCGGCCUGCAUGUGUGAAGGUGGGCAGCAGCAUCCUCCCAUUGAUUUCAUAGCAAAACAAGUACAGGGUCAUAUUCACAAGGGCACACCGUAGCAAAACAAGUUUAGGUUGUCCCUUCCUGUUUCAGUUUGUUUUCUUUCAUUUGGUGCUGCGUGAGUACCACCCAGGUAUCUAACAGAGUAAAGAGUAAUAGGGUUUUUGUUCUCAGUCCCUCCUGUAGGUGUCUUUAACCCUAUGAUGGAGGACCCAUUGCCGGGGCAGAUGAAGAAACAACUGGUGCUGAAGAUCAUCAGCGGGCAGCAGCUGCCCAAGCCCAAAGACUCAAUGCUGGGGGACAGAGGAGAGGUGAUGAUUUAUUUUUUACUCAUUAUUUUAGAUACAGAUUUCAAAUGUAUGCCGAAAAUCCAUCCUCCAAAUGACCUUUUUAUCGAUUUCAUUUGAGGAAGAACAUAUUUUUGGGCCAAGAUUACACAGAAGGUCCCUAUUACUAAUACUGCUACUACAUUGGCUGUUUUGGUGACACCUCUUAACUUCUGUCUGUCUGUCUGUGGGUCAGAUUAUUGACCCCUUUGUGGAGGUGGAGAUCAUUGGUCUGCCAGUGGACUGCUGUAAGGAACAAACCAGGGUGGUGGACGACAAUGGUGAGUAAAAAGAUGGCUAAAUGUGUAUUGCACCCGCUACUUAUCCUUUAGGUUGGGUUAAGUCGGGUGUUUCGUUUUUUUUGUUUGCACUUGUCUAGACGUGUGUUUGUGUCAUGGAUAAUUGAUGAGGUUGGCACCGAAGCAGUGCACUUACAGCACCACUGGGUCUCCACACACACACGCACACACACACACACACACACAACCCUGAAUUAUUCAUGACUGCUGAGCCAGCGCUCUAACUCGUCUCUCUCUAUAUCUCUCACUUCCUCUCUCCUGCUCUUUUUCGCUAUCCAUAUCUCUCCCACUCUCUGCCCAUCUCAAUCUGUGUCUUUCUCUACCUCCCUCUUUAUCUCCCUCCCGCUUUCUCUACCUCCCUCUUUAUCUCCCUCCCUCUUUCUCUACCUCCCUCCUCUCACCCUUUACUUCUUCCCCACACCUUCUCUUGCUUCAUCCCUCUCCCUCCCCCUCUCCCUUCCCCUCUCCUCUCCCUCCCCCUCUCCCUUCCCCUCUCUCCUCCCUCUCUCCUGUCCUACCUCCUUCUCUCUUUCCUCUCCUCUACAGGCUUUAACCCCAUGUGGGAGGAGACGCUGGUGUUCACGCUGCACAUGCCCGAGCUGGCGCUUGUCCGUUUCCUAGUGUGGGACCACGACCCUAUCGGCCAGGACUUCAUUGGCCAGCGCACCAUCGCCUUCAACAGCAUGAUACCAGGUACCUACCUACAUCCUCCUCCUCCUCCACUCCAGCAAACCCCCAACAGCUACUAUACUGGGGGCAAGUGGUGGCCUUCAGACACUCAGCUGGCCUAUUGUGUUAGCAUAGGCUAUGUGUGUUAUGUGUUCGUUAUGCUGAAUGCUGAUUGGCUGAAAAAAACCGUGGUAUGAGAAAACAAUACUUGUUACUGUUCUAAUUAUUUUGGUAACCAGUUUAUAAUAGCAGCAAGGCACCUCGGGGGUUUGUGGUAUAUGGCCAAAAUACCUCGGCUAAUGGCUGUACCCAGGCACUCAACGUUGCGUAGUGAAUAAGAACAGCCCUUAGCCAUGGUAGGCACUUAACCCUAAUUGCUCCUGUAAGUCGCUCUGGAUAAGAGCGUCUGCUAAAUGACAAAAAUGUAAAUGAAAAUGUAUAUUGGCCAUAUACCACACCUCCUCGGGCCUUAUUGCUUAAGUAUAUGCUAUAGUGUAUAGUUGUUAGUAGUUUGUGUACUAGUGUAAUGGUUUGUACUAUACUGAUCAUUAUAUGUGUUAGUUGUUAUAUGUGUUAGUUUGUACUAUACUGUAGUUGAUAUAGUUGUUAGUAGUUUGUUGGUUCAGGAAAGUUGGUGAGGAGGGGGAUUAUUUAAGAUACUCUUUGUAGAGGUAGGGUUUCAGGUGCUUUCAGAAGAUGGGCAGGGACUCUUCUGUUCUAGCUUCAGGGGGAAGCUGGUUCCACCAUUGGGGUGCCUGGACAGGGAAGAGCUUAGACUGGGAUGAGUGGGAGCUGCCUUCCCGUAGGGGUGGGAGGGCCAAGAGACCCGAGGUGGCAGAACGGUGUGCUCGGGUUGGGGUGUAGGGUUUGAGCAUAGCCUGAAGUUAGGGAGGGGAAGUUCCUCUUGCUGCUCCUUAGGCAAGCACCAUUGUUUUGUAGUGGAUGUGAGCUUCGACUGGAAGCCAUUGGAGUGUGCGAAGGAGCGGAGUGACAUGGGGGGAACUUGAGCAGGUUGAAAACCAGGCGGGCUGCAGCGUUCUGGAUAAGUUGCAUGGGUUUGAUGGCACAAGUGGGGAGCCCAGCCAACAGCGAGUUGCAGUAGUCCAGACGGGAGAUGACAAGUGCCUGGAUUAGGACCUGUGCCGCUUCCUGUUGUAGAGCAUGAACCUGCAGGAGCGAUUCACUGCUUUGAUGUUUGCAGAGAACGACAGGGUGUUGUCCAGGGUCACACCAUGGUUCUUUGCAUUCUGGGAGGGUGACACUGUGGAGUUGUCAACUGUGAUGGAGAGGUCUUUGAGCAGGCAGGCCUUCCUCGGGAGGAAGAGCAGCUCCGUCUUGUUGAGGUUGAGCUUGAGGUGGUGGGCCGACAUCCAAGCUAAGGUAUCUGCCAGGCACGCAGAGAUGCGUGUCGCCACCUCUGUGUCAGAAGGGGGGAGGAGAAAAGUAGUUGAGUGUCAUCUGCAUAGCAAUGAUAGGAGAGACCAUGUGAGGAUGUGACGGAGCCGAGUGACUUGGUGUAUAGAGAGAAGAGGAGAGUGCCUAGAACCGAGCCCUGGGGACACCAGUAGUGAGAGUACGUGGUGCAGACACAGAUCCUCUCCACGUCACCUGGUAGGAGUGGCCUGCCAGGUAGGAUGCAAUUGAAGAGUGUACAGAUCCUGAGACGCCCAGCCCUGAGAGGGUGGAGAGGAAGAGCUGAUGGUUCACUGUGUCGAAAGCAGCGGAUAGAACAGAGGAGAGAGAGUCAGCUUUGGCAGUGCGGAGAGCCUCCGUGACACAGAGAAGAGCAGUCUCGGUUGAGUGACCUGUCUUGAAGCCUGACUGGUUAGGGUCAAGAAGAUCGUUCUGAGAUAACGAGAGAGUUGAUCAGAGACAGCACGCUUAUAUGUUUUGGAAAGAAAAUAAACAAGGGAUACAGGUCUAUAGUUUUUGACAUCAGACGAAUCGAGUGUUGGUUUCUUGAGGAGGGGAGCGAAUCGGGCCAUUUUGAAGUCAGCGGGGAAUACAGUAUUUAAGGUAACACUUUACUUGACACCCAGCGUCAUAACACGUUUUGGCACGUCAUAACCAUGUCAUAACAGCUGACAUAACUUGUCAUAACCUGUUAUAAUAUGGUUAUGACACAUAUAUUUAGACCUGUUGUGGUUAUUUUAUGGCUGAUUAUGACACCUACAUAAAGAGUGUAAAAACCUACCACGGUAGUUCUUUUAUGGUUGGUUAUGAUACCUAUAUAAGAGUGUCAAAACGCCACAAAAGGCAAAACAUUCCAUUAACCUACGUGUCAACAGUAUGUAUAUGUUAUAUCUAUUUAUUUUUUAUUGACCAUAUUAAAUUAUCAUUGUAAUUGCGCACAUAUUGAUGUCAGACAUGCACCUACCCCAAUGCUCUGUUGCUGAUGACUGGGAUGAAUGAAGGAACAGAUUUCAGGAGCAGGACAAGACACCCUCUUUUCGACUGAUGACUGAUAAACUACAUGACCAAAAGUACAGUGGGGAGAACAAGUGUUUGAUACACUGCCGAUUUUGCAGGUUUUCCUACUUACAAAGCAUGUAGAGGUCUGUAAUUUUUAUCAUAGGUACACUUCAACUGUGAGAGAUGAAAUCUAAAACAAAAAUCCAGAAAAUCACAUUUUAUGAUUUUUAAGUAAUUAAUUUGCAUUUUAUUGCAUGACAUAUGUAUUUGAUCACCUACCAACCAGUAAGAAUUCCGGCUCUCACAGACCUGUUCGUUUUUCUUUAAGAAGCCCUCCUGUUCUCCACUCAUUACCUGUAUUAACUGAACCUGUUUGAACUCGUUACCUGUAUAAAAGACACCUGUCCACACACUCAAUCAAACAGACUCCAACCUCUCCACAAUGGCCAAGACCAGAGUGCUGUGUAAGGACAUCAGGGAUACAAUUCUAGACCUGCACAAGGCUGGGAUGGGCUACAGGACAAUAGGCAAGCAGCUUGGUGAGAAGGCAACAACUGUUGGCGCAAUUAUUAGAAAAUGGAAGAAGUUCAAGAUGACGGUCAAGCACCCUCGGUCUGGGGCUUCAUGCAAGAUCUCACCUUGUGGGGCAUCAAUGUUCAUGAGGAAGGUGAGGGAUCAGCCCAGAACUACACGGCAGGACCUGGUCAAUGACCUGAAGAGAGCUGGGACCACAGUCUCAAAGAAAACCAUUAGUAACACACUACGCCGUCAUGGAUUAAAAUCCUGCAGCACACACAAGGUCCCCCUGCUCAAGCCAGUGCAUGUCCAGGCCCGUCUGAAGUUUGCCAAUGACCAUCUGGAUGAGCCAGAGGAGGAAUGGGAGAAAGUCAUGUGGUCUGAUGAGACAAAAAUAUAGCUUUUUGGUCUAAACUCCACUCGCCGUGUUUGGAGGAAGAAGAAGGAUGAGUACAACCCCAAGAACACCAUCCCAACCGUGAAGCAUGGAGGUGGAAACAUCAUUCUUUGGGGAUGCUUUUCUGCAAAGGGGACAGGACGACUUCACCGUAUUGAGGGGAGGAUGGAUAGGCCCAUGUAUCGCGAGAUCUUGGCCAACAACCUCCUUCCCUCAGUAAGAGCCUUGAAGAUGGGUCGUGGCUGGGUCUUCCAGCAUGACAACAACCCGAAACACACAGCCAGGGCAACUAAGGAGUGGCUCCGUAAGAAGCAUCUCAAUGUCCUGGAGUGGCCUAGCCAGUCUCCAGACCUGAACCCAAUAGAACAUCUUUGGAGGGAGCUGAAAGUCCGUAUUGCCCAGCGACAGCCCCGAAACCUGAAGGAUCUGGAGAAGGUCUGUAUGGAGGAGUGGGCCAAAAUCCCUGCUGCAGUGUGUGCAAACCUGGAGAAGACCUACAGGAAAUGUAUGAUCUCUGUAAUUGCAAACAAAGUUUACUGUACCAAAUAUAAAGUUCUGCUCUUCUGAUGUAUCAAAUAAUUAUGUCAUGCAAUAAAAUGCAAAUUAAUUACUUAAAAAUCAUACAAUGUGAUUUUCUGGAUUUUUGUUUUAGAUUCCAUCUCUCACAGUUGAAGUGUACCUAUGAUAAAAAUUACAGACCUCUACAUGCUUUGUAAGUAGGAAAACCUGCAAAAUUGGCAGUGUAUCAAAUACUUGUUCUCCCCACUGUAUGUGGACACGUGCUCGUCGAACAUCUCAUUCCAAAAUCAUGGGCAUUAAUAUGGAGUUGGUCCCCUCUUUGCUUCUAUAACAGCCUCCACUCUUCUUGGAAGGCUUUCCACUAGAUGUUGGAACAUUGCUGCGGGGACUUGCUUCCAUUCAGCCACAAGAGCAUUAGUGAUGUCGGGCACUGAUGUUGGGCGAUUAGGCCUGGCUCGCAGUCGGCGUUCCAAUUCAUCCCAAAGGUGUUUGAUGGGGUUGAGGUCAGGGCUCUGUGCAGGCCAGUCAAGUUCUUCCACACCGAUCUCGACAAACCAUUUCUCUACGGAACUCGCUUUGUGCACAGGGGCAUUGUCAUGCUGAAACAGGAAAGGGCCUUCCCCAAACUGUUGCCACAAAGUUGGAAGCACAGAAUAAUCUAGAAUGUAAUUGUAUGCUGUAGCGUUAAGAUUUCCCUUCACUGGAACCAAGUGGCCUAGUCCGAACCAUGAAAAACAGCCCCAGACCAUUAUUCCUCCUCCACCAAACUUUACAGUUGGCUCUAUGCAUUCGGGCAGGUAGCGUUCUCCUGGCAUCCGCCAAACCCAGAUUCAUCCAUCGGACUGCCAGAUGGUGAAGCGUGAUUCAUCACUCCAGAGAACGCAUUUCCACUGUUCCGGAGUCAAAUAGCAGCGAGCUUUACACCACUCCAGCCAACGCUUGGCAUUGCGCAUGGUGAUCUUAGGCUUGUCUGCGGCUGCUCGGCCAUGGAAACCCAUUUCAUGAAGCUCCCGACGAACAGUUAUUGUGCUGACGUUGCUUCCAGAGACAGUUUAGAACUCGGUAGUGAGUGUUGCAACCGAGGACAGACGAUUUUUACGCGCUACGCGCUUCAGCACUCGGCGGUCCCGUUCUGUGAGCUUGUGUGGCCUACCACUUCGCGGCUGAGCCGUUGUUGCUCCUAGACAUUUCCACUUCACAAUAACAGAACUUACAGUUGAUUGGGGCAGCUCUAGCAGGGCAGAAAUUUGAGAAACUGACUUGUUGGAAAGGUGGCAUCCUAUGACGGUGCCACGUUGAAAGUCACUGAGCUCUUCAGUAAGGCCAUUCUACUGCCAAUGUUUGUCUAUGGAGAUUACAUGGCUGUGUGCUCGAUUUUAUACACCUGUCAGCAUCGGGUGUGGCUGAAAUAGCCGAAUCCACUAAUUUGAAGUGGUAUCCACAUACUUUUGUAUAUAUAGUGUAUAAGGGCCUGUAUGUGAUGGGCAUAUUUACAUUGACAUUUUAGUCAUUUAGCAGACGCUCUUAUCCAGAGCGACUCACAGUUAGUGAGUGCAUACAUUUUCAUACUGGCCCCCCGUGGGAAUCGAACCCACAACCCUGGUGUUGCAAACGCCAUGCUCAACCAACUGAGCUACAAAUCUGGCUUAUGAUUAUGAUGGUCAUAAUGUUUCUUGACAGUGUCAUCAAGUGUAUUUUCUUAGUCCAAGUAAAGUGGCACAGGAUGGUUAUAAUGCUUAAUUUGAAUAAAUGUGAUGACCAUAUUAUGGCAGGUUAUGACAAGUUAUGUCAGCUGUUAUGACAUAUUAUGACAUGGUUAUGACCGUGUCAUAACUUGUAAUGACACCGGGUGCCAAGUAAAUUGUUACCGUAUUGAAAUACUCAGUGUGACAUGGGACAGCAGCGUUGGCUGUGUGUGUGUGUUUGUGCGUGUGUUUGUGAGUAUGAGGUGUGUGUGUGUGUGUUCUAACAGUGCAUCCUGAGAUACGGAACAUUGCGCUCUUUCCUUGUCGCCGGGCUCAUUGUCAUAAUGUCUUUGUUUUUUUUAGGUUUUCGUCACGUGUAUUUGGAAGGUAUGGAGGAGGCUUCCAUCUUUGUUCAUGUGUCUGUACAUGACAUCACUGGUAAGGUAGGUACUAAGGGAGGUACUAGGCCUUUUGUUUUGUAAUGAGGGUUUGUCCUUAGUAAUGGACAACAUUAACAGUUCUUCUCUUAAUCAUUUAACAUUGGGCUUCUAAAUAAGAUUCCUGUCAAAACACUAUUUAGCUCCAAAUACUUUUCAACACAUUAUUUUAGAUAUAAUUGAAAUUACUCCCCCCCCCCCUAGUCAUCAAUAGAUGGUGGUUAUUGAAGGGAAAAAUAUGUCCAUUAUUAUGCAGAUGAAGGGUUGGAAAUAAAUAUCAUAAUUGAAAAAUGUAUUCAAUUAGGAGCUCUCGCUAAUUGCCCCGGUUGCAGCUCAAUCGAUAAGAAUGAAUCUGAGAGAUGGCUAAUUAAGUAUUUAAGGCAUUAAAUUGUCAUUAGCAGCAGCCAACCACAGCCCAGACAGCCCACCAGUGUCAUCAGUUGAGUGGCAACAGCUGCGAACGCCACUGUUGACAAUUGGGACGUUGAAAUGUGACAGAUAUAGUAGAAUUUCCUCAAUGGUGUUUAUUUUAUUGUUUUUAAGCCAGAUGAUACUCUUCCUGUAUCCAUGCAGAGAUACACAAUUGUAUAUCUUCUAUUAGAAAUGUUGUGUUUUUUUAUUACUUAGUCAAGUCACUCUGAAUUGAUGUACAGUUGAUUUUUGAUAAAUCUUAACGGCUUGGAACGGACUUGGAAAUGUCGUGACAUCUUGCACUAAACCAGAACAUUAUCAGAAGCCGUUAAAAAGGAUGGGAUUCAUUAAAUACACUACCGGUCAAAAGUUUUAGAACACCUACUCAUUCAAGGAUUUGUCUUUAUUUUUACUAUUUUAUACAUUGUAGAAUAAUAGUUAAGACAUCAAAACUAUGGCUCAGUUGAAGGAAAAUAAUAUUACUUUUAAGAAUUAACUUUUAAGAAGGCACACCUGUUAAUUGAAAUGCAUUCCAGGUGACUACCUCAUGAAGCUGGUUGAGAGAAUGCCAAGAGUGUGCAAAGCUGUCAUCAAGGCAAAGGGUGGCUAUUUGAAGAAUAUACAAUAUAUUUUGUUUUGUUUAACACUUUUUUGGUUACUACAUGAUUCCAUAUGUGUUAUUUCAUAGUUUUGAUGUCUUCACUAUUAUUCUACAAUGUAGAAAAUAGUAAACAUAAAUAAAAACCCUUGAAUGAGUAGGUGUUCUAAAACUUUUCACCAGUAGUGUAGGUAUUGCAAAUUGUAAGCAUAUGGUACUUCAGUUUGCACUUAUCCAGAGUUCGUUAUCAGGAGUCAGUCAACACGUUGGAUCAAAUUAAACAAUUUACUAUCAACAGGAGAACCGGAUUUUCCAUCUCCUAUCUCUGUCAUUCUUUGUUUAUUUCUAUACUGCAUUUUAUUGUCUUCAGUCAUACUGUAAAUUACCACACAGUUGUUCAUAUCUCUUCCUGUUUCUAGAUCUCCCCUGUCAACUGUGACUGUAUGUGCAUCUGCUGUACUCUCCCUUCUCCCUCCCUCUCUCUCGCUCCCUCCCUCUGUCCCCUCCUCUCUGAUCUCUCUCUCCUCUCUCUUUGUGAUUUCAGUGGACCCCUCUUUGUCCAAACGCCGCUUUUAGAGGCAGGAAAUUGUUAGGAGCCCUGAAGGUGCCACUCAGAACCCAGGUGUAGUGGGAUCCAAUCAGCACACUGCAUGCACCACAUGCCCCUCCCCUGCCACCCCAGUGAUUCUGCCCCCGUAAAGCCAACUGCGUCCACCCGUAGAGGCCAACUCAUGCUGACCAUGAGUUGCGAACAUGCCAGCAUCCUCCAUCAACCCAAAGUAGAUCCAAUGUCACUAACCUGCGCCGGGGGGGGAGGGAGGGAGAGAGAGACAGAAAGGGAGCGAGAGACAGAAAAGGGGGAGAGAGUGACAAAAACAGGGGACCAGUGGCCUGCUAAGUGGACAGUGACAAUGUAUUUUUCUGGACAGUAUUUUCCCCUUACUCAGGAGAUUCUCAGUAUGACGCACUGCAGGGGUAUACCGUUCCUGCCUUUUGAGGACACUGUCCCCUGUGUCGGCUUGUUUUAGUCCUGGUCUUGUCAUCAUAUUACCUAGAGGUGGGAAAACAGUUCCCAUGCAUGGCGAAAGGGGAGGGUUACCCAAUCACUGCUGUGUAGAGCAGAGCUCUUUCCCCAUGCUUUUGAAUGCACCGCUAACAGCUGCAAUCUAUUUCCACUAGAAUUGCUGCCUUAAUGCUAGUCAUGAGAUUCUUGAUGUUGCUAAAUAACCAGCUAACAAAUAAAAAAACGGUCGGAGGAAAGACAGCACCCUAGGCAAGUCGAAAAACAGUUAAAACACACAAAAAACUGUCACUUUAACAGUAACUUGGCCUAACAUCCAAAAGAGCAUACAGGGCAAGGAAACAUUCCCUAGAUAAGAACCCUUGAGCGGAACCAGACUCCGAUUUCAAAUGUGUUCUGGAUAAUGUCUGCUGUCGGGUGUGUUCAGUCUGCCAUCACCUUUCUGUCCAUAACAUGUAGACAAAAUGUAUCAGGCCCUUGGUGUUCAUGCUAUUGUGAUUUUUACUUUAGUCGGUCUGCAUCAUGUGUACUGUAAUGCCUGGGUACUCAGUCAGUCUGGUUGUAAUUCCACUUGGAUCUACUUCAUGGUUUAUGAAAUGACAUUGGGUUGCUGCACAUCAUGUGCUGAAAGGCAAGCAUUUUUCAAUGAACACAUAUCCACACACAGUGUAACAGCAGAUAGCCCACUGUGAUUUAGAUCAGUGGCCGUCAAAUUGUGUCGUCACCGUCACGUCCCCCUGUCAGGGUGUUCAUGGAUCAAUCACACUGUCCCCCCAUUGUCACCUCCAUCGUAACCUCUCACCCCCACACUGUACAUGUGGACACAGUAUGUGUCCGUCCCCACACUGCUGUUUCACAUUACACUGGUGACCUUGGUUUUGGUUGUUACGAAGCCGGAUCAAAAUGAUAGGUCUUUGGAGAUGGCCGCUGGUUAAUUUUUGUCACCUGUUGUCUGGGUUGAGUGUUAGGCCUAUCUGCUUCCUCUAACUUACUAAUAUAUUUGUGAUGCUCAACAUAUGUCACGUUUUGUUCAGGGAGCUUACCAGCAUUAUAACCCUCAUGAAAAUACAGCAUAUACAGUGCAUUUUUGUUGUUGUUGUUUUGGCUCUCUACUCUAGCACUUUGGAUUUGAAAUGAUACAAUGCUAUGCUAUUUAUGCCUCGAAAUUAAUUUUCUUAUUUACAAUUCAUUCAUGAUUAUCCAUAAUCAUUUUAGCAUCCACAUUAAUGUAGAAGUAUUUAGAAACAUAUUAUAUUCGUAUUUACAAUUAAAGUGACUCCAAAAUGACAAAAUACAUUAUUUACCACUCAUUUGUACUGAAACACAACCAAAACAAACUGCAAAUUCAUUUUUAGAGUCACAAGCUUGAUGUAGUCAUUGCGUGCUAGGAAUAUGGGACCAAAUACUAAACUUUUGACUACUUUAAUACACAUAUGUGAUUUUGUCCAACUACUUUUGGUUCCAUAAAAUGGGGUGACUACGUACAAAAAGUGUUGUAAUAUCUAAACGGUUCACCCGAUAUGGAUGUAAAUACCCUCAAAUUAAAGCUAGUUUGCACUUUAACCUCAUAGUCAUUGAAUAAUUUCAAAGUGCUGGAGUACAGAGCCAAAACAACAAAACAUGUGUCACAAAUACAGUAUGCACUGUAUACAUGUUUAACAAUAUACAUGCAAAUAUAUAAGCAUUUUCAUAGCAGUGAAUAAGCAUGGAUAACUUGACACUUGUGCUUUUGGCAGCAGACAGCAGACACUGCUAUUGUAACAGAGAUUGCUUUCCAAUAUGAAUACAGAUGCCUGCAACACAAGGUGUUGGCAUGGGUUUGAAUUGAAAAAAACAUAAUUAUGAUGUGGUGGUGUGACAUUCUAUCAAACAAAUACUGAUAGAAUGUGUGGUCAUCAAUACAUUCGGACAAGGCAAGCCAACGCUAUCCAAUCGUACUGUAUAUAGUUAUCAUAGUGGAACUUGUUCUACAGAACUAAUUGUCGUGUGGUCAGGAAUCCAGUGGCUGCAUCUGAAAUGGCUUCCUAUUCCCUAUAUUGUGCAUUACUUUUGGCCAGAGCCCAUGAGGCCCUGGCAAAAGAUUGUGCACUAUAUAGGGAAUAGGGUACCAUUUCAGGACAUAGCCAGUGUUAGUGUCAAUAUUGUAUGUUGGAGCAUGUUUAACUAUUAAUAUACCCUCAUUCAACAUCUAGUAAUGCAAAUGCAAUGACACCAAAGUCAUUAAACUAGGUAUAAAGAUACAGAAAGUCAGUACUGUAUGUUCUGGUGAAUGCUUACUGUGAACCAGUUCAUGACGGUUGUUUUCUUUUGUCUCAUCUCUUCUUCUCAGGGCAAGGUGGCCAGCGGCAUAAAAGGGCUGUUUCACAGAAACCCAAAGCAGGCUUCUCUCGACAGCCAUGUUGCUGCACAGCUCAGCCGUAAGCACCCAUUCGGCGCCCACCUGCUGCGCCGCACGGCCAGCGCGCCCACCAAGGGUGAGCCCAAGGUCAAGAAGGGCUUCCCAGAGAUCGCCAUCGACACCAAAGAGUACAGCUCAGAAGGCGCCAGCGAGGACCGAGAGUCAGGGGACAGGGAUCUCAGCGCCUCCUCCCUGCCCCCGCCGCUCCACCAGCGCAACGGAGACGUCACGGACACAGCUGCUCCCGCCACGCCACGCCAGGGCACCAACGGGCACCACGGCACCAAUGGGGCUUUCAACCCCGACGAGGGCAAAGGUAAGGGCUCGCCUCGCUUCCUCCGAUACCCCAUGAGUGAGCCUCUCAAGCGGGUCAAUCGGCUGCGCUGCCACGACCCCCUGAAUGAGAAACCGGGAGUAUUUGCCCGCAUGGCCCUCAACAGCAGUGGCAGGAUUGGGGUGUCCUCCAACUGCAUGAACUGUGUAAUUAGCUCCAAAGAAAGCCCAGAGAUGGAGAGGAAGUUCAAGGAUGAGGAGAAAUGGGGAGAGAGGCCUGAGAAAGCCGCCUGCUGCUCCACUCUUUCCAAGCAGGUUCAACCCGAGUCAAUGCCCAAACCGCAGGUCCUGGCCGCAGCCCAUUUUGAUGAGCCCCAAGCCCAGACCAAGCCCAUAGUUGAGGCCCUGCCCCUACUUCAGCCCCAGGCUUUCUUCCGGCCUAUCCCCUUCCCCAGGUCCCGGGCCAAAGCCAGACAAACUCUGGGCACCCGACACACUGAGGCUCGUCCUGACCCCUCUGAGUGGAAUGCCCGCUCCUGCAGCGUGCCCCGCAGGUGCUUCCUCACCCCUGCCACCACCCUGGUGCCCAUGCUCACCCCUGACUGCCGGAGCAGCAUGCGCUGGCAGUGCGUCCCGCCGCCCAACUACGGCAGCGCAUGCGGCCCAACUAAGGCCCCUCGCGCUACCGUCGCCAGUGCCGACUGCGACAGCUUGUCGCUCAGCGACCGUUGCAGCAGCUGCGAGAGCCUGUGCAGCCUUGAGCUGGCCCCUAUGCUGCCCCCAAGAGAGGUCCUUGACAGCCGCAGGCGCGCUGUGGGCACCUUGCAGCGUGAGAUGAACCUCCUCUUCGCUCAGAAGAUGGAGGAGCUGCGCAGUAAAUCGCCCAUGUUCUUCGCCGGUAAGGUGGAGCAGCCAUUGCAGUGCCCACUGUAGUACCCAUAGAGAAGCCGUAGAGGCACCUAUAGCAGUCCCUGACAGCUGCCAUAGUGGCCAUAGUGAGCCCAUUGUGUAGUGCUGAUCCCCUAGUUGUAAGCCCUGUGCUGUGAGCAGUCCCCCAAGAGGGCCCACCCUUCGGCAAGCCAAUAUCUAUGGGCUUGUAGUUCCCUGGGUGUUCUAUAGUCCAGAACCGAGGUCCCCUCGCCAAUCAAAAUCUCCUUUUUGUCUAGACCUCCAGUUCUUUCACCAAUCAAAAGUUCCCUUUAGGCUUUCCCUGACCAAUCAAAAUCUCCUUUAGUUCAUUAGCACCAAAAUCCCCACUAAAUACCCAUUGUGACUAAAUUGAUGAACUCGAUGACACUGAAAGGCAGUGCAUAAUUGUACUAAUGUUUAGCAAACAAUGUGUUAAUUUUCUUAUUUCUUUGUCUGACAAAAACAUGCUCUGUGUCCAACAGAUGAAAGAACAACUGGUAAGUGAAGGACCUGUAACUAGGGUUGCAAAGGGAGGGUAUAUUACUGGAGGCUUUCGAAGUUUAAGUAUCUUUGAAGGAUUUUAUGUAUAUCUAUUACAAGACAUCUAGUGGUCCUUUUCAGGUACUUCACAGGUGUCUGUAAUUAUCUCUGGCCUCUGGCCUCAUCCCAUGUAAAAUAUAUACUGAACAAAAAUAUAAACGCAACAUGUAAAUUGUUGGUCCCAUGUUUCAUGAGCUGAAAUAAAAGAUCCCAGAAAUGUUCAAAACGCACAACAAGCUUAUUUCUCUUUUUGUGCACACAUUUGUUUACAUCCCUGUUAGUGAGCAUUUCUCCUUUGCCAAGAUAAUCCAUCCACCUGACAGGUGUGGCAUAUCAAGAAGCUGAUUAAACAGCAUGAUCAUUACACAGGUGCACCUUGUGCUGGGGACAAUAAAAGGCCACUGUAAAAUGUGCAGUUUUGGCACACAACAGUUUUGUCUCAAGUUUUGAGGGAGCGUGCAAUUGGCAUGCUGACUGCAGGAAUGUCCACCAGACCACAUGUAACCACGCCAGGCCAGGACCUCCACAUCCGGCUUCUUUCCCUGCGGGAUCGUCUGAGACCAGCCACUGGACAGCUGAUGAAACUGUGGGUUUGCACAACCAAAGAAUUUGUCAGAAACCAUCUCAGGGAAGCUCAUCUGCGUGCUCGUCGUCCUCACCAGGGUCUUGACCUGACUGUACCGGGCAGAUGGCAGACGUAUGGCGUCGUGUGGGCGAUCGGUUUGCUGAUGUCAACGUUGUGAACAGAGUGUACCAUGGUGGCCGGGGGGUUAUUGUAUGGACAAGCAUAAGCUACGGACAACGAACACAAUUGCAUUUUAUAGAAUGCAAUCUGAAUGCACAGAGAUACCGUGACGAGAUCCUGAGGCCCAUUGUUGUGCCAUUCAUCCACCGCUAUCACCUCAUGUUUCAGCAUGAUAAUGCACGGCCCCAUGUUGUAAGGAUCUGUACAGAAUUCCUGGAAGCUGAAAAUGUCUCAGUUCUUCCAUGGCCUGCAUACUCACCAGACAUGUCACCCAUUGAGCAUGUUUGGGAUGCUCUGGAUUGACGUGUACAACAGCGUGUUCCAGUUCCCGCCAAUAUCCAGUAACUUCGCACAGCCAUUGAAGAAGACUGGGACAACAUUUCACAGGCCACAAUCAGCCUGAUCAACUCUAUGCAAAGGAGAUAUGUAGCGCUGCAUGAGGCAAAUGGUGGUCACACCAGAUACUGACUGGUUUUCUGAUCCACGCCGCUACCAGGUAACUGUGACCAACAGAUGCAUAUCUGUAUUCCCAGUCAUGUGAAAUUCAUAGAUUAGAUCCUCAUUUAUUUAUUUAAUUUGACUGAUUUCCUUAAAUCUUUGAAAUUGUUGCAUGUUGCAUUUAUAUUUUUGUUCAGUGUAUGAAAUUAUUAAAUGAGAUUUUUAAAAUAUAUAUAUUGACAAAGCUGUAACAAUUGUCCUAAAUAUAAACCAUCAACACACUUUUAUUUAUUUUACUAUGUAUAGUGCAUUCGGAAGGUUUUCAGACCCCUUGACUUUUUCCACAUUUUGGUACGUUACAGCCUUAUUCUAAAAUUGAUUAAAUUGUUUUUUUCCCUCAUCAAUCUACACACAAUACCCCAUAAUGACAAAGCAAAAACAGGUUUUUACAUUUUGGGGCAAAUUUAUAACAAAACAACAACUGAAAUAUCACAUUUACAUAAGUAUUCAGACCCUUUACUCAGUACUUUGUUGAAGCACCUUUGGCGGUGAUUACAGCCUUGAGUCUUCUUGGGUAUGACACUACAAGCUUGGCACACCUGUAUUUGGGGAGUUUUUCCCAUUCUAUUCUGCAGAUCCUCUCAAGCUCUGUCAGGUUGGAUGGGGAGUGUCACUGCACAGCUAUUUUCAGGUCUCUCCAGAGAUGUUCGAUCGGGUUCAAGUCGGGCUCUGGCUGGGCCACUCAAGGACAUUCAGAGGCUUGUCCCAAAGCCACUCCUGCGUUGUCUUGGCUGUGUGCUUAGGGUCGUUGUCCUGUUGGAAGGUGAACCUUCGCCCCAGUCUGAGGUCCUGAGCGCUCUGGAGCAGGUUUUCAUCAAGGAUCUCUCUGUACUUUGCUCCGUGCAGAAUUUCUUUGUCAACUGUGAGACCUUUAUAUAGACAGGUGUGCCUUUCCAAAUCAUGUCCAAUCAAUUGAAUUUACCACAAGUGGACUCCAAUCAAGUUGUAGAAUCAUCUGAAGGAUGAUCAAUGGAAACAGGACGCACUUGAGUCUCAUAGCAAAGGAUCUGAAUACUUAUGUAAAUAUUGUUUUAAUUUGUAUUUCUAAAAAAAUUGCACAAAUUUAUAAAAACCUGUUUUUGCUUUGUUAUUAUCGGGUAUGGUGUGUAGAUUGAUGAGGGGAAAAAAUUAUUUAAUCCAUUUUAGAAUAAGGCUGUAACGUAACAAAAUGUGGAAAAAGUGAAGGGGUCUGAAUACUUUCCGAAUGCACUGUAAAUAUGUGUUGUCAAUGUUUUGGAGUCAAACUGAUGGCAUUUGUGAAAAAAGUCAAUAGUUGAAAGAGUUGCCGAGUUAAUUGAAAAUAAUGCCAUUGUUGAUUUAGAUGGUUUUUCAUUAAUUAGGCUAUUUGCUCUUGAACUAAGGUAUAUCUACUAGAAACUUAUGGACAAUAUGGAAACAGAUAUAAAAAUUGAAUACUGUAUAUGAAUAUAUUUUUUUGUUUGUUAUUGAAGUAUAAAUUACCAAAGUUUCGAUACUUUGCCAUAUAUUUUCUGUUAAUUACCAAAAUUACCGAACAUUCCAGUAACUUUAGUAAAUUACCAGUAGCUUUGCAACCCUACCUGUAACUGGUGUGAAAUGGCGACGCAAAAAACAGAGCUCAAUUCACCAUCAUUCUAUGGAAUGUACACCACCUUGUUUGACUGCAGAAAGGCUCCAUUUCACUCUUGAACUCAAACCUCCUUGGUAACACUGAACAGAUAACAUCCCCCAGCAAUGAAAGAGCCAAACCAUUUUGCAAAAGGUCGAAGGAAUUGUCCAUAGAGCUCCGAGACAGGAUUGUGUCAAGGCACAGAUCUGGGGAAGGGUACCAAAAAAUGUCUGCAGCAUUGAAGGUCCCGAAGAACACAGUGGUCUCUAUCAUUCUUAAACGGAAGAAGUUUGGAACCACCAAGACUCUUCCUAGAGCUGGCCUGCCGGCCAAACUGAGCAAUCUGGGGAGAAGGGCCUUGGUCAGGGAGGUGACCAAGAACCCAAGGGUCACUCUGACAGAGCUCCAGAGUUUGUCUGUGGAGAUGGGAGAACCUUCCAGAAGGACAACCAUCUCUGCAGCACUACAUCAAUCAGGCCUUUAUGGUAGAGUGGCCAGAUGGAAUCCGCUCGUCAGUAAAAGGCACAUGGCAGCCCGCUUGGAGUUUGCCAAAAGGCACCUAAAGACUCUCAGACCAUGAGAAACAAGAUUCUCUGGUCUGAUGAAACCAAGAUUGAAUUAUUUGGCCUGAAUGCCUAGUGUCACGUCUGGAGGAAACCUGGCACCAUCCCUACGGUGAAUUAUGGUGGUGGCAGCAUCAUGCUGUGGGGAUGUUUUUCAGAGGCAGGGAUUGGGAAACUAGUCAGGAUCGAGGGAAAGAUGAACGGAGCAAAGUACAGAGAGAUCCUUGAUGAAAACCUGCUCCAAAGCGCUCAGGACCUCAGAUUGGGGCGAAGGUUCACCUUCCAACAGGACAACGACCCUAUGUACAUAGCCAAGGCAACGCAGGAGUGGCUUCGGGACAAGUCUCUGAAUGUCCUUGAGUGGCCCAGCCAGAGCCCGGACUUGAACCCGAUCGAACAUCUCUAGAGAGACCUGAAAAUAGCUGUGCAGCGACGCUCCCCAUCCAACCUGACAGAGCUUGAGAGGAUCUGCCUAGAAGAAUGGGAGAAACUCCCCAGUUACAGGUGUGCCAAGCUUGUAGCGUCAUACCCAAGAAGACUCGAGGCUGUAAUCGCUUGCAAAGGUGCUUCAACAAAGUACUGAGUAAAGGGUCUGAAUACUUAUGUAAAUAUGAUAUUUCAUUUUUUAUUUCUAAUACGUUUGCAAAAUUUCUAAAAGCCUGUUUUUGCUUUGUCAUUAUGGGGUAUUAUGUGUAGAUUGAUGAGGGGGGAGAAACAAUUUAAUCCAUUUUAGAAUAAGGCUGUAACAUAACAAUGUGGAAAAAGUCAAGGGGUCUACUGAAUACUUUCCGAAUGACCUUGAGGAGCCCUUCACCCCCUGAUCCCCAGUCCACAACAUGAUGAACACCAGCUGUCCUCUCUCCCCUUCUAAGUAUCUCCCACUCACUGCAUUACAUCAGAGGGAAUCACGAGUUGUUCCUUUUGGGGGAAAAGAGGGGUUGGGGUGGGAUUUGUGUUUAUCCCUUUGGGUCUCAGAUUUAUGUUGCAAUGAAGAAUGUUUGCCAUAAAUUUAACACAACACCCUAUUACUCCGCAGAGAAUAUAUCACAAGUUUUCUCUUCAACCGUUAAACCCUGCUUGAGCAGCUGUCCUUGACAGUUUUAUUUUUUAUCUUAUUUCAUCAGCUGUUACGAAAUCAGCAGCUACUCUUCCUGGGAUCCACACUUUCCAACGGCUCUCUUGUGUUAUGGUGUGCUCUAUGUUCACAACACAGUAUAAUAUAUAAGGACAAACUAUCAACUUCACAAUAUCACGUUUAUAAACUAUUUAAAACCAUGUCUACAAUAGAUAGUCCCCUGUCAGUGGACUAUCUAUCUAUUGUAGACAUGGUUUUAAUAGUUUAUAAAUGUGAUAUUGUGAAGUUGAUAUAGUUUGUCCUUAUAAAUUAGUAGUAUUCUGUUAUUCUGAUAAAUUGCCUUAUCAACUUGCUCAAAUGACUGUGCAUUCGGGAAGUAUUCAGACCCCUUCCCUUUUUCCACAUUUUGUUAUGUUACAACCUUAUUCUAAAAUGGUUUAAAUACAUGUUUUACUCAUCAAUCCACACACCAUACCACAUAAUGACAAAGCGAAAACAGGUUUUUAGAAUUUUUUGCAAAUUGUAUACAAAUAAAAAACAGAAAUACCUUAUUUACAUAAAUAUUCAGAUCCUUUGCAAUGAGACUCUAAAUUGAGCUCAGGUGCGUCCUGUUUCCAUUGAUCAUCCUUGAGAUGUUUCUAAAACUUGAUUGGAGUCCACCUGUGGUAAAUUCAAUUGAUUGGACAUGAUUUGGAAAGGCACACACCUGUCUAUAUAAGGUCCCACAGUUGACAGUGCAUGUCAGAGCAAAAACCAAGCCAUGAGGUUGACAGUGCAUGUCAGAGCAAAAACCAAGCCAUGAGGUCGAAGGAAUUGUCAGUAGAGCUCCGAGCCAGGAUUGUGUCGAGGCACAGAUCUGGGGAAGGGUACCAAAAAAUGUCUGCAACGUUGAAGGUUCCCAAGAACACAGUGGCCUGCAUCAUUCUUAAACUGAAGAAGUUUGGAACCACCAAGAACCUUCCUAGAGCUGGCCGCCCGGCCAAACUGAGCAAUCGGGGGAGAAGGGCCUUGGUCAGGGAGGUGACCAAGAACCCAAGGGUCACUCUGACAGAGCUCCAGAGUUUGUCUGUGGAGAUGGGAGAACCUUCCAGAAGGACAACCAUCUCUGCAGCACUACAUCAAUCAGGCCUUUAUGGUAGAGUGGCCAGAUGGAAUGUGCUUCAACAAAGUACUGAGUAAAGGGUCUGAAUACUUAUGUAAAUGUGAUAUUUCAGUUUAUUUUAUUAUUGUAUUUUUUAAAUAUAAAAACCUGUUAUUGUGUAUAGAUUAAUGAGGGAAAACAACUAUUUAAUCUAUUUUUAGAACAAAGCUGUAAUGUAACAAAAUAUGGAAAACGUCAAGGGGUCUGAAUACUUUCCGAAUGCACUGUAUGCUCUCUUGCUUAAGCGCUCUCUUCUCCUCUGCACUGUCCUCCCUCUCUUAUUUCCUAUUUUUCUCCAGUUGUGCUAAACUCCUCUUUGUUCUGUCCCUCAUGCACGCUCUCUCUGUUCGUAGUGCAGAAUUGAGGGGAUGACCAAAGCCAGGUAAAGAGAACCCUUGAACGUCUGCACGCUCACCAACUGUUUUCUGCUCACUCACUGUGCCUUGCCUGUCUUCAUAAUCCUCCUUCAAUCCCUUCACUCACUCACACUGCCCCGUUUGCACCGUGUCGUGUUUAAGGGCAGGGUCGUAUUCACUAGGCACCAAACUACAAGUGGUGGCUAAAGUUAGCUGAAGUAUGUAAUGGCUGUACCAUGGAUUAUAGUUUUUCCUGGCCCAUAGACUACUUUCAGGGUGAGGAACCAUCUAACAUCAAGCUGUAAAAUAGUUAACUACACCUUUAAUGGAAUUACAUGUCAUCAACAGGUUGAGCUAUGGACAUAGAUUUCACGAGAAUGACUUGGGAGUAUUUAACUGUGUUUGGUGCAUAUGGAUGUGGACACAUGGAGUCUCACUGUGUGAAUGAUCAUCCUAAUUACAACUACACUGCUGGUGAUUCCCAUUCCAUCGUUGUCAUAUUGUUCUUUUUUCAGGUCAAAACCAUCCUGGUCAUCAGUGUAUGCACGCAAUUCAUCAUGUUGAAUAUUCAUCAUUUAGGCAUCUAUCCAUCAAUGGCCCAUCUAUUGCAUAUGUUGACAAACCUCAGAGGUGCCUUAUUGCUAUUAUAAACCGGUUACCAACAUAAAUAUAAGUAGAUUUGCGUCAUACCUGUGGUAUAUUGUCUGAUAUACCACAGCUUUCAGCCAAUCAGCAUCCAGAUGCCAAACUACCCAGUUUAUAAUCUUGUAUAUGGGUAAUUCUACAGAAGUAGAAAUUGGGGGUAGAAAAUAAAUACAAUUGUAUCCUAUUUUUCCCAAAAUAUCAGCACACAUAUCUUCGAGCAUAUGUCAGGUAGACAUAUACUACUCACACACUUGCAUAUUUGUAUUGCAUAUUUGAAAUAUUUACCUGAAUUCCUUACCACCCCACUACAUUUAUCACUACCAAAACAUAGUAGUGAUCAUUUUGAUUAACCUUCUAUUACAGAUAAAAAAUAAAACUAAUUACCAGUAGAGCACAGUACAGUAGAGCACAGUACAGCAGAGCACAGUACAGCAGAGCACAGUACAGCAGAGCACAGUACAGCAGAGCACAGUAGAGUAGAGCACAGUACAGCAGAGCACAGUAGAGUACAGUACAAUAGAGUACAAUAGACCAAGACCACUAAAUCAAGAGUCCAUGGGCCCCUUCUUCAAUUGUAAGAAACUCAAGUAGAGUAAGCUUGGGUACAGUACAGUAUAGCACAUUAUAGACGUCUAUCUUUUGGCCAAAUAGAUGUCAAUGUUUGGGCUCUUGGAGGGUUGGAGCCCCCCUCCUGGCGAUGCAUCUCAAUACUCUACACUAUUUCCUGAAGUGUGCACUUGUCCACUACCCACAUGGUGGUCCUCUGUAGCUCCGUUGAUAGAGCAUGGCGCAUGCAACUUUAAAAUGGAGAUAGUCUCAAUGGCACUGCCUGUGCUGUCACCAUAAUGGCACAGAUAAAGAUGAGACCUCUAUAUAUCUCUAUAGUGUCAAUUGUUUCGGUUGUGAGCGUUUUUGUUUGGACAAUUUUGACUUAUUUGGGACUUUAAAGAAUCCCCAUAGCUAACAUAUGGCUGGAUAGCUUUCAUUUGGACAGAUGUACAUCCCAGAAAACAUAUAUGUCAGUCCUAAAACCGUACUUUACAUAUUUCUUGAUAUAUUAGAUGUUUUGUAGGGACAAUAAUCAAAAACACAUGAAUAUUUACCAACUUUCUCACUCAUUUUCUCACCAUGGUGCCAUGCUGGUGAGGGGUGAAAUCCCAUCACCUGAUGAUAUUUGUAGGUGUGUGGCUUUAGGCACAUUCAUUCUACAGUCUUUUAAUGUGUGUGUUUUGGUAGUGACAUCAAAAGGUGGGACAGCAUUUUUAGUUUUUUACAUAAAAAUAAAUAAAUAAAUACUAAUUAGAUCAAUAUCUUUCAAUGUAAUAAUAUAACUCAAGAUGUUCUAUUAAAAUUAUAGUGUUUACAAAUAUUACAAUCAUUAAUUGCUUAGGAGUCAGGGUUUGGGACAGCCACCUCUCAAUAGAAAUGACUUUAUACUAUAUCAAUUUAACAAUGUGUUUGUUAUUGCCUUGGAUUGAAUUAUAUCAUAUCAUGGUGAAUAUAAAUGUCCUAAGUUUGGAGAUGUAACUGUUUAUUUUAAAUAGUUUUUUUGGGGUGGGACUGCAAUUUGCACCACUUCUGUAGAAUCAACCAUAUACUGUAUGCAUCAUAAGGCUCACAUAACGAUACUAUAAGCAUGCUACUUGUAGUAACCAUUUUGACUGCUGAUAACAAAUGUCGUCCUGUAGUUACUGAUCUGGUUCUUCUCUUCUCCCUCUCCAGACCAUUCCACAGGGCAGAGACCAGCUCCCCCUCUUCCACUGUUCAGGCCAAUUGCUGAAGAACUGGGUGACAGACAUCUCACUCGCUCCGCUUCCACUCCAGCAGACCACUCAUCAACACGUCACUCCCCACCUCCACCCCUCCCUCCAGCCACAGCAAUAACCACUACCACUCCAUCCCCUGCUUCUAAGAGUGAGGCGGACAGUCCCGUAAACGGUAGGGGGAAGGAGGUUCCCGUCAAGGGAAGGGGGGACAGCAAAAUACCCCCUGUCCUUCACAGGACCACCUCAGCCCCCGUCGUACCCGUCCCGGGGGAGAGACCGGACCCCAAAGACCUGACCCCCUCACAGUCCAGCAGAGACCACCGGCUCAACAACGGCACCUCGUCACCCAUGGAGCACACUCCAAGCCGAACGGAAGCACUGUAUACUCCGACAGACCACACAAAGGAGGAUGCCGAGCGCAAGACUGAGACAAGGGCAGAGUCUCCUGCUCUUCUCGCCGACCCCUCUAUCUCCAGCCCUCAGAAAGUCCAGGCCCUGAGAGCGAUGUUCGGCGGCAGCCCGUCGCGCACGCCCAUCAGAAGGACCAAAAGCAAGGGCUACGUGCGGUCGGCGGCUGGGGAGCAGCAGCAGUCGUCUGCUGUGCCGGAGGUGUGCACGGACGCCACCCUGAACGACCGGCUGUGGAGCAAGCUGGAGCCCGAGCCGGGCAGCCACAGAGACAGCGUGUCCUCGUCCUCCAGUAUCUCGUCCAACGACACCGUCAUUGAUCUGUCCCUGCCCAACCUGGCCAGGAAGAGCCUCACCUGCCUGAGCAGCGGGCCCUCCCCAUCCGACAGCACCUUCCAGGACCCACCCUCCUGGGUCACCCGGCCACGCUUGGCCAUCACCUCUUUUGACACAAUACGGGUCAGCAAGAGCAAGUCCAACCCCAACCUCUGGCAGGGCCACCUGGGGGAGCCAGAGGACGAGCUGCAGCCCAGACCCCUCGGAGCCCCCAGGGAGCCUCCAGUGGACUCACCCAGCAGAAUCACCCAGAGGAGGCACACCUGGAGCCGCCUCUAUAUGGAGGGACUGAAGCAGUCCUCCUCCCCAGCCAAGAAGCCCUCUGCAGCAGCAGUCCUUGCUGCUGCUGCCGCCAGCCCCCUGGAUACCGGAGCCUCUAUGUCCAAGAGCUUGGGGGACUUGACCUCGGACGACAUCGCUUGCAACUUUGACAGCAAGUACCGCAGCAUCAGCCGCAGCUUCAUCGUCAGGCCCUCUAGGAACGAUCCUCGACGAGGUCCCCAGAGGCCCCGGCCGCCCAGCGACCUGAUGGAGCAGCUGAGGAGGCUGACGGACGUGGAGCCCCUGACGGCACGCGACUUCGCCAACCAGGCACAGCAGGAUCCCCCGGAGGAGGCUCAGGAGGAACCCCCGCUACGGAGAAUGUCCUCCCGGAGUCAGAGCAGGGUGCGCUACAUCGCCAACAGGGCCAAGGAGGCCCAGGAAAGGAAGAGGCUGCAAGGUCUCAACCAGCCCCACCUAGCCGCCGCUAACGCUAGCAUUUUCGGUGGCGGUAGCCCUAUUGAAGAGCGGGGUAACCCGGAGGGGGCGUGCUGCGUAGCCCAGAGCCCCUGCGCUAGCUUGGACCUGUUGAGCCAGCUCAGCCCCCCAGGGCCGCCCCCCAACAGACAGUCCCAGACACAGUCCCAGACCUCCCCGAACUCUGACAACAGCGAGGUCUUUUUCAUGCUCAAGCUCUAAGAAUCAGACUAGUUUUGGACCGGACCGUGAGAGACACUGAAGCGAAACUCAUUUAGAAUUCCAUCCAGCGUUCUAGGAAGGGGAAAAUGUCAUUUAUAAAGAAAGGGAAUUCUGUAUAUCUUGACAGGAUGUGUUUUUAAAUGUGUUUAAUCAAGCACUGAAUAAUGCUACUUCUUCCAGAAACUUACAGGUACAGUCACAAGCACAGUUGAUAAGCCAAGCUGAUCACAAAGGAUGUACAAGUCAUUUUUCCUACAAAGUGACCACACACACACAAAUAAUAGAAACAGCGGUGAGCUGUCUUAUGAAAGCAUCCUUUACCAAUAUAGUCAUUUGUUUGCACCAAAUGAGGAAUGGUGGAAUGUAAUUGGAAAAACAAACCUCGACAAUAGUUUUUAUAUGCUUGACUGUUCAGUGACUUCCAUGCUUUGAGUAUUCAUUGUGAGUUGAGCUGAUCCCAAAGUAGCAAUAGACAACCAUUAGUGGAGUUUUAGAGAGUCUGAUUAGAAAACCUUUUUUAAACUUGAAAUUGAAUAAUAUAUACUGUACUUUUAAAUUUAAGAUUGAAUAAUAAACUGUGUUAACUCAUGAUAUAUCACCAGUAGCCCAGCCAUGUGCUAGCAAUAUUUUAAAAACAGCUAUUAGUGGAUUAUAUUGCAGAUAAUGUGAUUGAUGGGUUUUCUUAAAGGUUGUUGUUUAGGCAAGGGCCCCUGCAGACUCUUUACUAAAAACAACACAAGAAGUAAAUGACAACAACAACAAAAUCCAAAACAAGUCUUUUUAACCCAACUUUUUUUUAUUCUGUGCGUACAGUGAAGUGUGAUUUGAGUGAGCUGCCAAGGAUUUGGCAAGUUCUCCCAUACAGGUUAUUUUUAUUUUAGACAACACAGAGUAUGUUGUUGUUUUUUUUACCAUGUUACCCAUUUUUUAUUUGACUGCAUGUCUUUUAAACACAGUAUCGUAUGUCUCAUAUUUUAUUAUACAAAAAACGUUAUAUGGGACCUGAUAUUUCGACUUUCCUUGCUCAGUGUUCAGGCUGUUGAAUGAUGUGAUUGGUCACACUCUCAUUGUAGAGACUCAACCAGAUAGGAGUGACCCUGUUUCCACGCGCGUUUGUAGUGUACCAUUUGUACUGCCAUGCCAGUUCUCUGCAACCUUUUAGGAACCAUAAUUAUUGAAGUAAAACCCAGAUGUCAUUAUGAACUGAAUAAAUAUCUCUA